GCGCGGUGACGUAACGCGCUGCGUGGUGAGGUCAGUGCAGCCCCGCCGUUGCUGGUCCCGCUGCCCGUCGCUCUCUGCCCUGGUCUGUUCGCCGUGGUCCCCGACCCUUCCUACGGAGUGCGGCGCUUCCCCUUCACUCAGGGCCUUGCUGGAUUUGGUCUGGUAGGAGGCUGGUGACAACGCGGCCUUCUCCGGCUCUCCGCCCGCCGUCAGGUAAGAGCUGGGCCGGGCCGGGAGAGGCUGCGGGGGUUGGUAUUCUCCUUGUUCAGUUACGUUGUCUUGUCGGCGUAACCCGCAUUGCGUAAUGUGACCGUUGCGUCAGGCGACUUACGCUUUUUGCGUCGAGGCCUAUUGCGCAAAGGUCUUACGCGAGCCUCCUCAGCCUACGCUGCCUGGUGUCUCUGGUGUCCCGUGCCCGCGCGUGAGCAGGGCAACUUCUCCCACCCCACUCCCCUCUGCAUUUUCGCGGUGGACGGCUAAGUUUCACGGUGGGUUAAUCGGGAACAAGAUGUGGCUCGCUAUUUCGCACGGUUACGCGGAUUGCGGUAGGUGGUGUGGAAGGCUUAUGGUGGCUACGCCGUUUCCGUAAGCGCUGCUUCGCUGCUCCCUUUAAGGGUACGUGAUUGCCGUAAGUAUGUCCGUGCCCUCCGCCUGUACCGCUAUGAGGCCGGGGUGCGUUGUGGGCGGCCCUCGCGCCGCCCUUGCACAUCGGGCCUUCCGCUGGCUGGGAUGCAUAUUCGAAACGGCGGAGGGCCUUCCCGCCGAGGGCGCCCGGAUCCCGUGCGCGGGUGGCGCAGUAAGCGAACCUGGGCGGGGCGGGUGCUGAUGGUACUUCCUGCCGCCGCCAUUUUGUCAUCGAGCAGGAGGGGGAAGCGGCGGUAGUAGCGGCCGCGGCUCCGGUAGGGAGAGCGGCGGGGCGGGCGAGAGGGAAGCGGCGGCGGCGGCGCUAGCGGAGGCUCCGCUGCGAGAGGGCGCCGGUCUGACCGGCUCCUCGGAGCAGGGCGCGCGCGAGGCAGGCGGCUCCGCCUCUCCGCUCCGUGCCCUGCCUGCCAAAGGUUGCGGUUCCUGUAGGCCUGGCUCGACCGCUACUCCUGCCCGGCGCCGCCCCCACCUGGCUCCCCCCGUGAGCGGGUCUGGCCGUGCCUUGGCCCCCUGCGAGUUGCGGGGGGGGCUGUGCCGGCUGGUCUCCUGGCUCGGGACCGGCACGUUUAUUGGCUUCCUGUUGUGUAGCCUGAUAGCGAGAGGCCCGGAGGAUGCGCGGCAAGCGGCGUCCCGCCUAACAAGGCCGCAGUUGGCAACGGUGUGCAGAGGCAGCAGCGGAUCUUUCGCUUGCGACCCGACUCGGAGCGUUGCCGGGGGCCGAUUCCUUAACUGCCCGAUUUAAGUACGUACAAACGGCUGCGCGCUGUUUGUGCCUCUGUGAGGACCACACGUAAUGGCUCUUUCUCCCUUCCCAACCUUUGCCCCCGCAGUCAACAAAUCAACAAAAGCCUUAAAGCGGUGCCAUGUAGUUCAGUGGGAUCUAACGGUAGAUUUGGAUUAUAACGCAGAUAUCUGACGGGUGGUCCAGUAGAAACCCUGCACUUAAUAUGAGGAGCCUUUAGUGGGGUGGGGUUUGAGGGCUGCAUUCUUAGCAGGUCUGGAAAGCUUCACUAGGUAGAAGUGGAUCAUGAUUAGAACAGACUACCGUUUGUUAGAACAACUGCAAAGCUAAAAAAAUUUAUUUAGUCCGCAGAGAGUGGCCACUUAGUAGUAACAUAAGUGGAUAUUUAGUGAUUGUGUGUGGUGAUAAUGGUUUUUGUAUAGAUGGGUCCUUACAUAAUGUUGGAUGCUUUUUGUAAGUGUUCAUAUACAUAGUGCGUGUUAUGAUAAAAUCAGCGGUCAUCCUUGCUUUCUUUUAGCUGAAUGCUUGUCUUAUUGCAAUUUUAAUUUAAGCUAAUAAAGUUUAUAAUAAUUUCCCUAAAAAAUUGAUCAACGUUGCUAGUAGGCUUCUUUGGGGGCAAAGUGAUUAUUCACCUUAAGUUAUACAGUUGCAGUAGUGAAAUAGGGACUAAGUCUGAAAAUGCUAAAUUGCGCAUUUCAAGGUGAAGGCUGCAGUCCAAACUCAAGGUACUUGGGAGUAAACCACAUUGAAUUCAGUGGAACUUCUGAAUAAACAAGCUUAGAAUUGUGCUGUCCAGUAAAUCAGUGUGGAUAUAGCAUGCAACCUAUUACAUAGGCAGAGUCUCACACUAACCUGACCUGCAGUUGUUGUUUUUAUUACUCUGUAAUGAUGGUAAUUUCCCCUCUUGGUUUCUUGCAGAGGAUUUUUUUCCUGAGAAUGCAUUUGCCAGUGCUUUAGUAAAGUUGGAACUGAACAAGAACAGUUUAUCACAAUUUAAUUAAUAUCCCUCUGGUCCCAACAGCUGCAAUAGUCCCAACUAUAUGGAGGCUGGGCUCAGAUAUGUUCUUGAAGCAGUUAUCACUGUAUUAUGACCUCCUGGCUCUUGUGUAGUUCUUCCUGAUUCUUCUUUAUCCCUUCUCUCACCUGCAGCAGAUUAUAAUAGUUGUGGGGUGAAUUAUUAUCUGUGGGACAGUCAAAUAAGUUUGUUUGCUUUCAGAGGAAAAUUUUAUUCCUUUCAUUAUACCAGUGGUUGCUGAAAGUGAACCUGCUGCCCCAGGACCAUGUAAUAAUGAUGUGGAAGGAAAUUACCUGCUUCCAUGGGAAAAAAAAAAUGGAGUGUUUGGAUUGGCCACUAGCCAUUUUUGUUUAUGGUUGUUAGACUUUAAAAUUGCAUCUGAACUCCAUGGAGCAUGCAGCUAUGCAUGAGGAACAGCUUAAACUAGCAUCACAGUAGAACAUUUCUUAUGGUCACAGUUUCUUUCACAGUACAUGAAAUUUCACUAUGGCUUUGCCUACACAAGAUGGUCAAUUGUACAGCUACAGAAUUCCAGCUAAUCAAAGGUUGUAUUGCCUUUGAUAUUAUUGUGCAUCAGGCAAAAGCUGCUUCAUACAUUUUCUUGUAUAAAAACUGCCCAUUUUGCUUCAUAAACACUUAUAAUUUUUGUAUAUUUUCAAGAAUGCAUAAAGCCGUGACUUGUGAAAGUCAAAAGUGUACGUGUUUUGUCAGCAUGUCUAUAUAGGAAAAAUAUAAUGCACAAAGUAGACAUGAUAUAGGUGAAACAGUGUUUGAAAUUCCCAUUGUUCUAGGCACAUUUUGUGAUGGAAUUUCAUUAGUGCAAGCAGUUUCUGAGCUCUGGGGGCAGUACUGCACCUGAGAUUUCAAAUUAAAAUUACAGAGUGGAAGGAAAGGAGGAUCUUUUUCUGCCUCCCCACUUCCUGCUACUCUUUGAAGACUGGAGAAGAGACCCUCUUAAUAUUAGGGGGGUGGGCAGGGGGAGGACUAGACUGUGUGAAAAAUGAACUUAAUAUUUUAGCUGAAGUUCAUUCAUUUGUAUUGUAUUCUUGUUAUAAAAAAGCACACCCAGACAUUCCGUUGUUGCGCCCAUAACCUCGGUUUAAGGAGCCUAUUAGUUCCUAGCUUUCAUAUCUCAGUUUUUAACACCGAUGUAAAGGUAUGCUUGCCAGUGUACAGUGUAAUUCAAAUCUACAAUUUCUUGUAUUUCCCAUCUCCCCAGGUUAAAUCAUUUAGUUUUUAUUUCCUUUAUUUAUUUGAGGUUUCGCUUGGUUAUAUUAGCCAAAAUAAAAAUGUCUAAUGGUCAGCAAUGGGAAUUGUAGUUCAGCAAUAUACGGAGCGCAUCACGUUGGCUAUCUUUAGUUUAGUGCAAAAGGCUGGUAGUGAGGCAGUGAUACAGUUGAAGCACGUUUGAGUUCUUAUAUGCAGGUAGGGAUGUAGUUCAGUCUGCAUUAGCAGCAUUCUAGGAAUUUGCUGGCAUGUGGAAGUGUGUCUAAAGUGCAUCCUUUUGACAUGCCGAUUUGUUAUGGAAUUUGUUGUCAUUUUGCAUUUUUCUUUUGUCAACUGGCCUGGGAUCUUUGGAUGAAGGGCAGUAUACAAACGUAACAUAAUAAUGCUGUAGUUUGUAUUCAGUUCACACAAUAAUCUGAUAAAUUGAACUCUGCUGUUUUUUGUGUAGCCCUCUUAAAUCUUGUUGGUUUGAAGGAGACCCUUACUCAUACCCCUCUGACGGCACAUGCAGCCAUAACUGUAGGAGUCUUCAGAACAGGUGGUCUACUGUAGUACUGUUCUGGCAGAACGUAUGGUUACUUAAGAGUGUAAAUCCAUCUUUAGUUCCUACCAGUUGUAUAUCUUUACGUGGAACUUAGUGGUGGUCUUAGGAAUAUGGAUUUUUGACUUCAUGUAUUUGAGUUUGUCAAACUCUAUGUACUAGACCCACAACUUACAUGUGAUUUACUUAUACGAUUGCAGCUUUGCGUGGGUGCUGGGAAAAUAAAUAAAUAAAUGGCUGGGAAAGGAGGAUUUUCUUGAAUCUUCAGUGGUUUAAAUAUUUAAGUAUCCAUCAAAGCACCUGGGCCAUUCCAAUUCUUACCUUAUGAUUAAAUAGCAAUGUCCCAGUCUGGUAUGAUCAUGAGAACUACGCAUGGUACAUUCCCACAUAAGGCAUUUCCACCCAGUUCUCUUGUUUGAAGUUUUUUUUUUUUUAAGUUGUUCCCAAAAUUAUCAGGUUUUUAAAGAAAUGAGUGAAAUGUGUUUUAAGACAAUUUGUAUUGUCAAGACACAAUUCUGUAUAGAGUAUGCAACACCUUCAUGUACUACAAAUGGUCGUCUUUGCUUGUGAAAUGCUGCUUUCUUCUUGUAACCUUUGAAAUAGUGUGGAGAUAAGUAGAAGCAAGUACCCUGCAGCAGCUGUCUUUUUGACAUGGCCUCUGCCUUAUGACUGUCCUUUUCACUUCUCACUUCAGACCAGGCAUAGGCAAACUCCGGCCCUCCAGAUAAAUUGGGACUACAAUUCCCAUCAUCCCUGACCACUGGUCCUGUUGGCUAGAGAUGAUGGGAAUUGUAGUCCCAAACAUCUGGAGGGCCAGAGUUUGCCUAUGCCUGCUUCAGACCAGAAAGGUGUGUUCACACCUAAUGUUAAACCUUAGUAAAUGUUUAACUGUGGUUUAAUGUAUGGGGGUAUAGGGGAUGUUGGGGGAGGAGUAAUACCUCUGGUGGGAGACAUGUUGUCCUCCUUCUGGGGUAGUUUGUCUACCUUUGGUCUUCACCCUGCACUCAGUUUUCACCAGUGGCUCCUAGAAGCUGUCAGCAUGCGGCGGCAGCUGCUUCCCAGGAAUUGCUUUGAUUGGCUGGCUAAACCUGGUGAGGGUAGCUGAUGAGUCUCAACCCUUAGGUGAAUUAGGGACUUUCCCUACAUGUGAAUUGAAUGGACAAAAUCAGUAGUGGGUACAGUGGUCAAGAAUGCAGUUUCUGCACCUGCUGUAGAGGGCAGUGAGGGGCAGGUGGGGCUUGUCAACCUGGGAAGGUAGCCUGUCUCAGAGAAGGAAAACUCUGAUCAUAAAGCUCUGCUGCUUUGCGGGAGGAAAAAAGCCUAAAGAGUAGAUCCUACCCAAAUCCAGGCAGUUGGAUGGUGCUUUGUAUGCCUCCUCUGUCAACUCCUCCAGCUAAGCUUUUGCUCUGCUUUCCUGUGGACCACAUCAGCAAGGGUGCAAUUGGGGGGGAGGUCUUGACUUCUGGGCAGCCCAGCCCAGGAUCUCCAUACACACUGCCCUGUGGAGAUCACUUUGGUGCUGCUAACAAAGUGGUUUGAUGUCACUAGUAGCAUGGUAGUGGAGACUGUUUGCUCUCAUGUUCCUGAUCAUGACUGUGGGAGCAAUAAAAACAAGCUUUUGCUUCACGUGUUGUCUAAACCUGUGCUCUUAGUUCGUUUCCCCAAAACACACCAUGAACAGUAAGCUAGGAACAAACUCUGCUAUCACUUGUACUUUGUGCAAACCACAAGCCCUGGAUUAGACAACACAAUAGGCCAAGAUUUGUGGUUUGUUGGUCCUAGUGUGGGGAGGAGCAAAAUAGGAAUUUUGAGCAUCAUGCACCAGCAUUAACUGAAACACAAACCAGGUCAUACACUGCUAUAAAACUCGUGCUAUUUAUCUUUUUGAUGCUCCAAUCCUGUGUUGUACUUACCUGGAAGCAAGCCGUAAUCAAAUGGCGGUCCUAAUUCUGGGUAAUCAUGUUUGCCUAGUAAUUUUCUUCAGUAUACUGAACAGCACACUUUUAUAUGCUAAAGGAUACAUUUUUAUUUUAUUUUGCUAAAGGAGUCAAAUAACUUUAAUUGUUCUGGACAUUAUACAUUUCUAGGAAGGAAAAGGAGAGGUGGAAAUGAGAACGAGGAAUGCAUCAGGAAGCAACCUCAGUCUAGGUAGUAGUCAGCAGAAGUAUAAGAUCAGGAGAAGUGGGAAAGGAAAGUGGGAGAGACUGGCUGAGCAGUCAUUCAGAUGAUCUUGCCAGGACACAAAGGUUUGAUCAGUAAGUUGUUCCAGGAAUUGUGGGGCGAAGCUUAGUAGUUAGACUAUCCCAGUUACCAAGCACUAUAAUUGAGAGUUGUAGGAGUUGCGGUGGGUUUCAGCCCUGCCAGUUUAUUUUCCCUGCCAGAGUUUCUCCUGUAGCAACUGUUAACCACACAUGUAGAACCCAGCCAAGCUACUUGACCACUUUCUUCAGUCUCACCCCGUGACAGUAUUGGCUCAGAAGUAAAAUGAAGGCCACAUGAAUGAGAAAAGUGCCAGUAUUGCCCAAAGUAGUAGUACUAAGGGAAGCUUAGCUGGACACUAUGCCUCUCUGAGGCACUUUCUUGCUCGUUUUUGAGAUCCUGGGAUUUAGAGGAACUCUAUCCCUUAAUUGUUUGGACUUACAUUGUUCAUCAGCUGCUCCAGUGUUGUAAGUAUAUAACCAAUAUUUCCAUUACCUUGAUGAGUUCAGGGUCAAUGAAUGGCUCCAUUUCUAUCUUAAAACUAUCUCAAAAGUAGCUUUUCCCAUACUUUCAAGCAUCUGCCCAUAAUUUUUCUUAAACGGUCCCUGCACAGAGUCUGUCAUAUCACUAAGAACUGCCACCAAAAUUGUAAGGUUGGUGGGUUGUUGUAGUAUAUAAAGUGCAGCUGGUGAGCAGUGUUUGAAAUUAGCCAAGUGCCAGGAUGGUUUCUGACAUCUCCAUCAUGUGGAGGUACAUGCCUAGGGAUCAGUGGAUCCUGACUGUUUUCACACACUAAUACCCCACCCUGUAGAAUUCUAUCACUUAUAUCUGCACAAUCAGAAUGAAUUUAUGGAACCAAAGUGCUUUUUCUGUGCAGCCUGGGCAGGAGCUGUGAACAAUGUUACACUUAAUUGUUGUAGAUUGUCCCCCCACUGCCCUGGUCUGUCAACAUUAAGAAAAAUAUGUAUCAGUCCAUAUAUCUAAGGGACGUGGGUGACGUUGUGGUCUAAACCACAGAGCCUAGGGCUUGCCAAUCAGAAGGUCGGCGGUUCAAAUCCCCGCGACGGUGUGAGCUCCCAUCGCUCGGUCCCAGCUCCUGCCAACCUAGCAGUUCGAAAGCAUGUCAAAGUGCAAGUAGAUAAAUAGGUACUGCUCCGGCAGGAAGGUAAACGGCGUUUCCAUGCACUGCUCUGGCUCGCCAGAAGCGGCUUAGUCAUGCUGCCCACAUGACCCGGAAGCGGUCUGCAGACAAAUGCCUAGAGAUGAGCAUGCAACCCCAGAGUCAUCCGCAACUGGACCUAAUGGUCAGGGGUACCUUUACCGUAUAUGUGGACUGUCUCUGGAUAAAGUGAGUUCUCAAAGUUCUUAACCUAGUGUAAGGUUGUCAUCUGAACUAGCCAGAUGUUUAACAGAUAAUCACAGUCAAUCCAUCAUUUGAAAAAGACAAAAAUAAAAGACUUCAGAGCCGCCUUGGCCAAAAAUGGCACCUAGACAUUUCAUUUUGGUGACUGAAAUUGAAACUUUGGUUUAAUGAGCUUAUAUACCUGAGUUUCUAACACUGCUGAUGAGACCCAGUAUACCUCUUCAGUUGUCAUCUGCUUUGUCGUCUGUACAAUGAGAUAAAUGAUCAGUUCGACUCCAAAAGAGUUAGUAUUUGUGCUUUCUUAAUCUGUAUUUAUGGGACACGGGUGGCGCUGUGGGUAAAACCUCAGCACCUAGAGCUUGCCGAUCGCAUGGCCGGCGGUUCGAAUCCCCGUGGCGGGGUGAGCUCCCGUAUUUCGGUCCUAGCUCCUGCCCACCUAGCAGUUCGAAAGCACCCCUAAGUGCAAGUAGAUAAAUAGGUACCGCUUUAUAGCGGGAAGGUAAACGGCGUUUCUGUGUGCUGCGCUGGUGCUGGCUCGCCAGAGCAGCUUCGUCAUGCUGGCCACGUGACCCGGAAGUGUCUCCAGACAGCGCUGGCCCUCGGCCUCUUAAGUGAGAUGGGCGCACAACCCUAGAGUCGGACACGACUGGCCCAUACGGGCGGGGGUACCUAAUCUGUAUUUAGUUUAUAGGAAUUGCUUAUCUUUGAUCUCCGUGCAGGAAGCCUUGGCAUAGAAUCAGAGGAAUGCGACCAAAAUCAGUAUAAUUUAUUUCAAAAUAAGUUAGUUUUAAGGAGAUUGCUUUCAAUUUUGUCUCUAUAUGGCAAGAGUAAUUAAAUCUGUUUUAAAUCUAUUAGGUAGAAGUUCAUUCAGAUAUAGUCUUGGAAAAAGUGGUUCUUACUGUACUUAUAUAUUUCACUUUGUGAAUGUGUUAUAGUAUAGUUUAUUAAAGUAGAAGGUAAAUACUUUCCCAUUAAUAUGGUUUCCACUAUUCAGCUUAUUGAGAAGUAUUGCCUUGCUAUACUGUUGUCUCCAUACCUGCUGCUGCCAGCACUACUUUUCUGCCCUUCUUGCUGCUUCUGUCACUGGCAGAGAAGUUGUGUUAGAAACUAGCCAGGCGCCAGGUACAUUUUGCUUCUGGUGCGGGUCCAAUUGCGACCACAUGGAGAUCUUUGGAUGCCAAGUUGGUGACUGACAUCUCCAUCUGGCUGGCCUCUCCAGCUUUCCUAAGCAGAAGCGCUUAUUUAUUGCUUAUAUAUCCCACCUUUUUCUCCAAGGAGCCCAUGUUUCAGUGUGUUGUAAACCUCUUUGAGAUUUUUUUCUUUAAAAUAUAAAAUGGCAUAGAAAUGAAACAUCAUAAUAAUAACAAGUGCCAUUGAGAGAGCAGUCAAAAUCAAUAUUAGAAACUCAGAUAUAUAAAUUAAUUGCUAAAUGCACCUUAAACCUAGGUUACGGUCGCCACAGCGGAAUGUUUACGUGCCUUUCUUUUUCUGGUGGGAUUUUUUAUUAUUAAUAUUUUUCAUUUCAAUACUGCUUCAUAUUUUAAAGAACAAAUCUCAAAACAGUUUACAACACAUUAAAAUAUAAAAUAAAACAAUCCAGAAUAAAACAGAUUCAAGCUUCAAGGAAAAUAUUUCAGAUCCUUCUCUAAGUGACAUUUUCCUUUCCCCAUUCGCCCAUCUGGCAUCCAGAGAUCUCCACAUGGUUGCAGUUGGACACAACGCAAGUCGCAAAACUCACCUGGCUCAUUUCUAACACUAGUUUAAAAGCAUAAAAUAAAUAGUAGGAACAUCAUAAGACCCUGCUGGAUUAGGCCAGUGGCCCAUCCAGCAUCCUGUUCUCACAGUAAUCAUAUCAGAUGCCUGUAGCCCACAAGCAAGAUUUGAGCACAAGAACACUCUCCCUUCCCAUGGUUUCUAGCAACUGGUAUUUGGAAGCAUACUGCCUCAUGGAGGUAAAACGGGGGCUAGAAUCUUAAGUUAUGGGGCCUAGUUAUUUUAAAACCUGUGUUUGCCAAUAUAUUUUAAAAUCGGGGUGCAAAGUAUUUCUGAUGCCUUCUGUCCAAGUCCUUUCUUUCACUGUGAAAUCAGAGUGCAAGGUCCUUUUCUGAUGGAGACGCUAUGUCCCGAAAGCAAAGAAAUGUGUUGGAAUGCAGCAUGGCUUUACAGAGAACUGAAGCAUGACUUGGAAAGACUUGAGAAUUGUGAAAUAUAAAUAAAAACAAUGCUUGUCUUCCUUGCAGGCAACUGAAUCUGGUUUUAUACUCAUAUUAUCAAGUCAUCUACUGAAUGUGUCUGGGAUUGUAGCAGGGUAGGCUGGCAACUACCAUUGUUUCCCCCUGUUUAUAAAUGGUUUUGUGCUACCUGUCCUUAUUUGCCUCUUCAGCUGCAGACUUACCUCAGAAACCUACGUCCUUUGCUUUCCUUCUGUUCAGGUGUAAUCCAUUCCUGUGGCCAUGUUAAUGAAAUGCUCAUCAAAUAGUUACAGACUGUUGCAUAAUUUUUGCUUUGAGAUAAAUGAAUCCUUGUAUAAUGAGCAGAGUUUUUGUUGCUGCUUGCCAAGAAGUAUAGAGAACAAACAUGUCCAUGCUUCUCAGAGUUCUGCACUAUCGCUCAGUAGCUUUUUCCAGCCAGUAUCCGUGCUGUUUGUUUAUUUCCAUGUCCAUAUUCAUUCUUGAAUAGUUGUUAAGCAUAUUGGUAUCAGUUCCCAAUAUAAAGCAUGCUGGUUUGAUGUGAGAGUGAAAUUUGGAUUAGUGGCUUAUAUCUAGGCAGCUCUGCAGGGCUGGGCAUGUCUUGUGCUUCUAUGCUGCUGCACGAAUCAUGGACCCCUUGCUGGGAUCCUCCAUCAUCACAGCUAUAGGUAUAUUUCACUGUGCUUCAGCCUUUCCACAGGCCACCCAAAUGGUUCUCACAGACCAUGGUUUAAAAACCUGUGCCUUAGUCCAUAGUUAAUACCAUUUCCACUGUGUGUUUUUCUCAUUCAUGCAUACCAGUGAAUUGUUGUAAGAGGCAAGCAGUGUAAUUGACAUCAUAGAAUCGUAGAAUUGUAGUGCUGGUAAGGGAGUCCAGUGUUCGAAAUUAGGCAGGUGCGUUUUGCAACUGGUGUGAGUCCAGUUGCGACCAUAUGGAGAUCUUUGGACGCCAGGUUGGCGAAUGGGGAAAGCAAAAUGUCACUUAGAGAAGGACCUACAUUGACUCCAGUACAUUUCCGAGCACAAUUCAGAGUGUUGGUGCUGACCUUUAAAGCCCUAAAUGGCCUCGGCCCAGUAUAGCUGAAGGAUCUUCUCCACUCCCAUUGUUCAACCCAGACACUGAGGUCCAGCGCCAAGGGCCUUCUGGCAGUUCCCUCACUGCGAGAAGCAAAGUUACAGGGUACCAGGUAGAGGGCCUUCUCGUUAGUGGCACCUGCCCGGUGGAACGCCCUCCCAUCAGAUGUCAAAGAAGUACAGUAAACAACUAUAUGAUACUUAGAAGACAUCUGAAGGCAGCCCUGUUUAGGGAAGUUUUUAAUGACUGAUGUUUUAAUGUAUUUUUAAUUUUUUGUUAGAAGCCGCCCAGAGUGGCAGGGGAAACCCAGCCAGAUGAGCGGGGUAAAAAUAAUACAUUAGUAGUAGAAAUAUUUUCCUUGAAGGUUGAGUUAGUUUUAUUCCAGAUUGUUUUAUUUGAUGUUUUAAUACAUUGUAAACCACUUUGAGAUUUGUUCUUCAAAAUACAAAGCAGUAUAGAAAAGGAAUUAAUUAAAAUCACCAUCCCAUUGAGGGGUACAGCACCUAGACAUUCCAUUGUGGCGACUACAGCCCAGGUUUAAGGUGCUGUUUGGCAAAUAGGUUAUAUAUCUGAGUUUCUAACACUGGAAGGGACCCCAAGGGUCAUCUAGUUCAAUCCUCUAGUGAAUAGACCAUUGUGGCAACUGUAAGCUAGAUUUAAGGUGCCAUUUGGUGCCUAGCUUAUAUAUCUGAAUUUCUAACUCUGGCAGUAGCCCGCUUUUACCUUCUUCCAGAGCUUGAUUGGGCACCCUCUUUGUCCACAUGCAUAUUUCCAUUUCAGAAUUAUAAGGAAUAAUGUCAAGCUGCUGAAUAUUUUUUGUUUUGAAUGGGGUAACUGGUCAAAAUUUAAUCUUGUUACGUGAGCAAGUUAAUAAAUUGUGUGUUUUAGUAGCAUAUUGUGUAUCUGAUUAGUGCUUUAAUACAUACUUCAGUUACCUUUUGGCAAUGGGUCUAAAAAGUAUUGCUUAAUCUUGUACACAAGUGUUAGUUUCCACCAGCCAGCUGUGAAGUUGAGUCCCACCCUGCUAUCACACCAAUAGCAUUGUUAGUACAUACACAGCAUUCUAUACUUGUUUUAGAACUAUAGGGAAAUGAAGUGUUAAGAUGACAAUAUUAACACUAUCUUUAGCUGUUUGUGAUACCAUACCUGUAAGCAUAAUGUUGGAUUUUCAUUGUGUAAUUAGUGAUGCAAUCUAUUCAUUUUUGUUGCAAACAUUUCCUCCACUUCUGCUACAGAUAAUUGCUUCUUGAAGAGUGAGAGUGUGAGACUAUCUGUUUUCAGAAGCUCAAGCCACAUGGCCCUAUUUGGUGGAAAGUAUUGGAGUUUGACUUUUGAAUGGCCAGUUUGUCUGAAACUGUGCUAUGAUUUCCUUUGUGGAAGUAGCUAACAUACAACAUAAUACAUUGCGAGGAAGGGCCAGUUCAGACUUAUCACUGCUUAUUACUUACUUAACCAUGCAGUCAAAUGGAAUGGUCUUUCUGCCCCCUGAUUCUGGAGUAUUUAUUCUCACUCCACUCCCAGGCUUAAUCAUAGUUACCCGUUACAUUGGCAGCCAUGCUAAUUACAGUUAGAGCUAACAUAGGAUCCCACUUAAGCCAUGAUCUGAAACAACAUUUUGGAACUUGUUAAGUGCUAUCUUUGGAUGGCCCUAACAAUGGUUUAACUUGGCAUGUGAAAUGCAUGUCAGAAGGAAGGAAGUACUCAAUCCCAUGGUUAAACAAUUGGGGAAAUUUCAAAGUACUCAUUAAUUUAGCACUUGGAUUAAAAUAAAAAACAUCUCAUCUGUUUGAAUUCUCUUUAUAGCUAAAACUAGAAUAAAAAUAAUAAAUAAUAAUCAUAGCAACAACAACAUAGCUGUCUGUCAUUGGUACCUCUCUGUUGGGGGAAUUCACUAGUAUACAGUAUUAGAUAAUAGCAAAUGUUCAAUAACCAUACAUUUUGGUUGUGUGUACGGUAAUUUGGCAUAACAGUCCCCUAGCUAAAACUAAAAUACUUGCAGGCCAAUUAUUUUUCUUACAUAUUUGCCUUUAAUUGUCUCACUUCGAAAAACAUGAAAUGGGGAGGUUUCAGUUUCUGUUAACAGGUCAUGGACUCUCACUACUUCUUUAGAUACUGCCUGAGGUGAUUAUUUCUUCUUCCUAACAAGAUAGAACAUUAUUAUCUGUAACUUCAUCUGCAAUUUUACAUUCACGCCACAAAGAGCAUCUCCAUGCAUCUGUGGAUUGACCAACUGUUCAUUAAUGAAGAGUGCACAAAGCUGUCUGCUGCUUUUAUUUUGUGGCUAGGUGGAAUAGGUCAGUAGGAAACUGAGUGAAGCAGUUGAUGGGUUGCAUCCACCCUGUGACUGUUUUGGAGAUUUUUUAGAUUUUUGUGAAGUUGAAGAACAUCAAACAGAUGGAGGACUUGAGUGUAAGUGGUGGAAAGGUCAAACUAAAUCUGACAGAGCACACCACAGAGCAUGCUUGUAUACCAAUGAGGAGGUGGUGAUGAUGCGGAAUCCAGUGUUGCACAAAUAGAAUUCCAUUAACACAGUGGGGACAUAAUCUUUCAACAUCAACAGAAGUAAAGUGUCCAAAUCAAGGGAUGUCAUAGUCCCACUGUACAGUUGUACCUUGGAAGUCCAAUGGAAUCCGUUCCGGAAGUCUGUUCGACUUCCAAAAUGUUUGGAAAUCAAAGCACAGCUUCUGAUUGGCUGCAGGAAACUCCUGUAGCCGAUCGGAAGCUGCAGAAGCCCCGUCGGAUGUGCAGCUUCCAAAAAUAGUUCGCAAACAGGAACAGUCACUUCUGGGUUUGCGGCAUUUGGGAGCCAAAAUGUCCUCGAACUACGCAAGGUACGACUGUAUUAAGCCUUGGUUAGACCACACCUGGAGUACUGUGUCCAGUUCUGGGCACCACAAUUUAAGGAGGAUAUUGAUUAGCUGAAAUGUGUGCAGAGGAAGGCAACCAAGAUGACCUAGGGUCUGGAAACAAAACUUUAUGAGGAAUGGUUGAUGGUGUUGGGUAUGUUGAGCCUGGAUAAGAGGAGACUGAGAGGAGAUAUGGCCAUCAAAUAUCUGUCACAUGGAAGAUGGAGCCAGCUUGUUUUCUUCUGCUACGUAGGGUAGGGCCGAAACCAUUGGCUUCAAGUUACAAGAAAGCAGAUUCGAACUCAACAUCAGAAGGAACUUUCUGACAGUAAGAGCUGUUUGGCAGUGGAAUGGUCUACCUUGGAAGGUGGUGGACUCUCCUUCCUUGUAGGUUUUUAAGCGGAGAUUGGAUGGCCAUCUGUCAUGGAUGCUUUAGUUAAGAUUCCUGCAUUGCAGGGGGUUGAACUAGAGGAUCCUCUGGAUCCCUUCAAACUCUACAGUUCAAUGAUUCUGUCAUUCUUUCUUUCCUUGCCCCUGCCUCUCCCCCAGAUCUCUUCCUGGGUAGAUUUUGAGCGUGCAAGACCGUUGCGGGGGGGGGGAGGGGAGAGAAGAAAGGUGAAGUCUGGUUGUAGGAGUGGAAAUCUAUUCAGCUUAUGUGCGAAAUUUAAAACAACCUGAGAUGGACAUCAGCCGAGUUUGUUCUAAUGGAUCUGUUAUAAGUGGUGAAUGAUCCUAUUAUAAUCUGGGCUUGUCCACCCAGACAGAAAAUCUGGCUGCUUGGCCUUUUUAGGCCCAUUCAGCUGGCCAUUUGUUGCUCGUGAGCUAUGUGGAGUUGGUAUCCAGGCAGUUUGUCAGCUUUGUGGAGAGGCCUUGGGGGGAAAAACCUGUCUGAGGAGAGAAGGAGCAAUGAGGACUUCUCUGUUUGCUCAGCAUAUGAGUGUUUCUGUAUGUUGUGGGGUUGCUCAAGUAUGUGGGGUGUGUGUUAGAGUAAGAUAUGUAUUGUGUGUGUGAAUAUGCGAGAAUUCAUGUGGUGGGGGAGCAACAGGGCAUGUAUUGCUCCUUCUGUGUUACUCCACACUCCAUGUUAGAAACCACAGGAGGCAUGAGUGUUCUGACAGGAAGAGCUGCUUGGCAGUGGAACAGACUCUCCUUCCUUGGAGGUUUUUAAGCAGAGGUUGGAUGGCCAUCUGUCAUGGAUGCUUUAGCUGAGAUUCCUGCAUUCCAGGGUGUUGGACUAGAUUACCCUUGGAUCCUUUACAUCUCUUAAGAUUCUAUGAUUCUUGUGCUCCAUUUGUCAUUGCGGGUUUCCCACAGGCCUUUUGUUUGGCCACAGGAAGCUGGACUAGAUGGGUAGUUGACCUGAUUCAGCAGGCUCUUCUUAUGUUCUAAUGUUCAAGUAAGGCUACUGGGUUCAUUAUUUGGGGUGUAGAUGCAUAUAACUGGCCCCUGUUAUUAAUGAAUAGAAAUGAAUGGGUGAAUCAAGUAAGGAUUCUUCUCAUUGUAUGAUGGAACUUCCACCCCCCCAGUUGUUUCCAGAUGUGCUCUUCAGGGUUGGAAAACCUCCAGAGCACUGAGAGCACAUUUUGAGGGUGCGGGCUUAUGGGAGGGAAAGUUCCUCAUGGGAGCAGAAGUUGUUCUGUUUGCACAAUAGCUUAGUAGGUUACCACCCUAGAUUUUUUUCCUUAGAACUCUUGGUUUGGGGCAUUUUCAGGUUUAUGCAUAUUGGUUGAUUAAAAAUGUGAAUAUUUAUAGAUUAAAAUUUCUUUGAGUUGAUUUCAUACCGUAUUUACUCAAGUCUAAUGUGCUAUUGAAUUUAAUGCGCACCUUAAUUUUUGGAACGUAAUUUGGCCAAAAAAGUGAGCAUUAGAUUUGAGUAAAUACUACCCAAUUUGUAACCUAAUUCUUGCUUCCAGUAAGCUCAUUUGUCAUUAAUAUCCAUAGGUGAGUUUUGCAUUGGAGUAAAUGUUGAUGAUAUGUUCCUGUAAAAUGGGGGGACAGCCUGGGGUUUUGAGUCAAGUCAUACUUUAAUAAAUAGUGUGUAUUCUUUCUCACACAAUCACAGUGGAGGUAUCUCUGAAGGGCUUAACAGAAUUCUGCUUUACAACCUUCCUUUUUAAUGUGUACAAGCAGGAGUCUUUGUGUGCCACUCUUAGGGAAUUCAAGUAGAGGAGUGAAGGAGUGGACAGGAGAUAGGAGGCACACACAGAGACAUCUCAUUGACUGUAAUGCUUAGCACCUCUCUUCCAUUGUGCAUGGAAUUGUGGGCAGGCAGAAAGCUCUGUUAUAGCAUGUGGAUAUUUCACCCAUGCAGGGAUGGAGCUUGCCCUCUGUUUCUGUAAGUCCAUACAGGCUUUUUAAAAACCCUUAGUAUUCCCUAUCUUUUGUAAAACAGUACAGCUUUGGGUUUCUUAGUUGUCCCCUUAAUGUGCAGCAUUGUACUGAAACGAUUGACAUUGAAGAGAUGAUGAAACGUGCAGCAAUAGUACUGGCAAGGAAAACAAGUAGAACAACAUUCAUUCUGCCAGAAAGCUUGGACUGAUAAGCAGUGCAAAUAUUAAUUUGCAAGAAAUCGAAUUUGUCUACUACAUCUUUAAAAUUCCACUAACUUCUUUUGAGUAAUAUGACCUAUUAUUUGGCAAGCUGUUGAAAACUUGAAACAUUGGAUGCCAAGAAAUUACUUUUAAAAUAUGCAACUUCUAUGGUGAGAUACAAAUCUUGGAAAUAAGUGUCUUUCAAAUAGAGCAACACAAUUCAGUAACCCUGCACUUCUUUAUCUUCUCUCUGGAAUCACUGUAAGACUGACUUGGAUUUAUCUGUGAAUUCUUUUAAACUUUUUCCAUUGGUAGAUAUACUUGGUGUAUUUGAACCUUAAAGAUUGUUCCUAAGUGAAAGGCUGAACUAUAGUUAACAUUUUACAAUUUAUUUGCAUAACGGACGGGAGUUUCAGAGGAAAUACAGAAUGUUUUUCUAUGGCUAAAACUUUUAAAUACUUGAGGUUUUUCUGAUCUGUUUAAAUUUAAUAUCUGUGCAUCCUUUUGAAUGGGUUACAACUUUUGUGGCACUGAACAUUCAGAAUUUGAAAGAAAAUUUAAAAAUACAGGCAACCCCCUGUUUGUGUGGGGGUUGUGUUCUCCGUCAUUGCAUGCAUAAGCCUGUUCUGCCUCCUUCCAGGGCUGAAAACGGCACGUGUGUUGGUGGUCGUGCAUGCCUUGGUCAUGAGCAAAAUGGUAGUUUGCUGUGCUGUCGUUUAUGAAACAUGUAAAAUAGUAAAUCAAACACAGAAGGUCAGUUUACAUAUGCCGAGCUGUGGCUAGCUGUUAAAGGGAUGAGUUCUCUUUCUCAGCACAGCCCACUUACUGAAUUUCUUCCUGAUUUGUAGAAAAUCAGUUCAUUGUUACAAGGAACUACCGUAUUUUUCGCUCCAUUGGACGCACCGGACCAUAGGACGCACCGGACCAUAGGAAGGGGAGAACAGGGGGGGAAAAAUUAUCUUGUUCUCCCCCUCUAAGGUGUGUUCAAGGUACAUUCACCCAGGCUUGUGGGGCUGGUGGGGGGGGGGAGCGCUGCUUUCCCCCACCGCCAGCCUCAAAGAUCCCUGAAGACUUUGGAGCGCAGCGCCCGCUGCCCUGGAGAGGCUGUGCGCGCAGCCAUCCCCAAGCUGGAACAGCGAGACGGAGCCCUCCGUCUCGCUGUUCUGGCCUGGGAACAGCCUUGCUAGCUUCUGCAGGACAGCGGGGUGAAGGCACCCCGCUGCCCUGGAGAGGCUGUGCGCGCAGCCAUCCCCAAGCUAGAACAGCGAGAUGGAGCGCUCCGCACUGCUCCGUCUCCCUGUUCUGGCUUUGGGCUUAGCGGCGCAGCCUGCAUUCGCUCUAUAGGAUGCACAAACAUUUCCCCUUAAUUUUUGGAGGGGGAAAAGUGCGUCUUAUAGAACGAAAAAUACAGUAACAAAACAUGGCCUACAUUUGCCCUGCAGACCAGGAUCAGAUCCCAGUUUGCAAUCGUCAUUUGCAGGACCAGCCCAAACCAUGGUGAUUAAUAGAAGGUGGUGGGGGAGUGGGACGAGUAGACUUUGUUUUCAGACUUGUGAAGUGUUUACAUGAGGUGGUGUAGUAAUUGGUUCCCUUGUUUCCCUGAGUGACACUUAGCGGAUAAAAUCAGUGAGAUAACUAACUUCAUCAGGAUCAUUGCCAAUAAAUGGUUGACUCAAGGAAAGUUUGUAACCGGUUCAGAUGCGUGGAGACACAAUUGUGGGUAAAAAAUAUUUUAAAAGGUGUUGAUGAAAGAGUUUACUAGAUCAUUGUGAUAUGAUGUUUGGUUUCCUCCUUAAAUAGAAGUCAUUCACUAUUGGCAGUUGAAUAACUUUUAUCCCAGGGCAUGUGGUAUACUUCUAAAGGUGUCAUUCAUUGCCAUGUUUCACAGCUCUGUUGAAAGCCGUUAAUGGUGCUGUUUAAUACAACCAUGAUCACCCAAAUCAUGUGUUUUCAAGGCAGAAUAGUAUUAUCACCUAACAGACUCUAGGAUAGGUCAGUCAGUAGAGCACGAGUUUCUUAAUCUUAAGAGUCAUAGGUUCAAGCCCACAUUGGGCAAAAGAUCCCUGUAUUGCAGGAGGUUGGACUAGAUGAAUCUCAUGUUCACUUCCAGCUCUACAAUUCUAUGGUUUUAUGAUUUUAGGAACAUAAGAAAUACCCUGCUGCAUCAGGCCAAAGGUCCAUCUUGUACAGCAUUCUGUUUUCACCAUAGCCAACCAGGUGCCUCUGGGAAGGCGUUGUUGUUGUUGUUGUUAAUACUUAUACGCCGCCAAUCUGACUGGGUUUCUCCAGCCAUUCUGGGUGGCUUCUAGCAAAAGAAAAAUAAUAAUGAAAUAUCAAACAUUAAAAAGUCCCAAUACAGGAACUUCAGAUGGCUUCUAAAACUUGUAUAGUUCUUUAUCUCCAUCUCCUUGACAUCUGGUUGGAGGGUGUUCCACAGCGAGGGCGCCACUACUAAGAAGGCCCUCUGCCUGGUUCCCUGUAUCUUCACUUCUCGCAGUGGGGGAACUGCCAGAAGACCCUCCAAAGUGGACCUCAGGCUGAAAGAUAGGGGUGGAGGCUCUCUUUCAGGUAUACUGGCUUGAAGCCCUUUAGGGCUUUAAAGGUCAGGUACCAACAAGCAGGACCUGAGUGCAAUAGCAUUAUCUCAAUUUGUGAUUCCUAGCAAUUGGUAUUCAAAGGCACAGUUCCUCCAAGAGGGGAAGUAAAACAGAGCUGUUGUGGGUGGUUGCUAUUGUUAGUCUUAUUCUCCAUUACUUUGGCUAAUGCUCUUUUAAAGCCACGUUGGUGGCCAUCACUAAAUCUUGUGGGAGCAAUUCCAUAGUUCUAAUAUGUGAAGAAGUUCUUCUGUGUGUUCCAACAGUCAACUUCAUAGGAUGGCAUCAAGUUCUAGUGUUAUGAAAGGGGGGGAAAGGCAGCCAGAAAUAUCAAGUGGAUGGAGAAACUCCCCUAUGAGCAAAGGUUAUAACAUCUGGGGCUUUUUAGUUUAGAGAAAAGAUGAGUAAGACGUGUAUAAAAUCAUGCACAGUGUGGAGAAGGUGAAUAGACUAAAGCUUCAACAUAAAAGUUCAGGCCUCCCUUUCUGCUGUCUAGUAGAAACGUGGGAGAAAAAAGACUAAUGAUUUCCUCUUUGCUAUAUUUUCUCCAGCUGUGAUCUGUUUGGUAUUGGAGGAGUAAAUCCAUUUUUUAAGCCUUUACCCUUGGUAGUCGUGUUUAAUGUAUCAAAUGGUGGUAAGUGUAACUUCUAUGUCAACACAAAUAACCACAAUGGUCAACAUAGGAUUGUCCUGCACAGAGGUUACAUCCAUCUACAGCUGCCUACCAAAACAGCUCUAACUCUUAAAUCUGGGGGCAAAAAUUGAGAUAUUGUGAAUAUGUUCAUACCCUGCUUAUAAGCUUUACUAAAGUCAUUUCACUGACCAUUGAUGGAACCAGAACACUUUUGGGCUGCCAUAGUAAGGCAGUUCUCACCUUCAUAACAUCCCUUUUCAAGAUAGUGAAAAACCUGGAAAUUACAUGGCUGGAUUUGAGUUUAAAGAUGCCUCACAAUUUCAUAAGUUGAACUUGAAAUGUUAAACUGUAUUUUUGUUUCUUGAUUUUUUUUAAUUUUAUAUUAAUCUAAUAUUUUAUUCUUUGUGCAGAUUUACACUUCGUGGUUAAGUGUAAAAAAUGGAGAUUAGAGAGUGAAGACAGGAGAGAAAUCAGACAAGGAUAAACUCUGCCUCAAGGUAAUGUGUUUGUAUAUAUGUUACUUAAUGUGUUUUUGUAUAUGGUGUUCUGCUUUUGCGUGUCCACCCUGGGUUAUCUUGUGAGGCGAGGCUCUUGUAUGUUAAUGCCAUUGGAUGACUGAUAGUUUGAAAGAGUUAAAAAUAAUUUUAGAUUUGGUACUAGUACAAUGACAGCUGAGUGAGUCAUCUUGUACUGAUUAUUUACAGUAAAAUGUUGUUUUGUUGUGUGAGAUUCUAGGGUUUCUGGAAUUUAGCAAGCUGAGUGGAAACGAGCCAAUCCUGGAAACAUCCUGGGACAUCUCUACCAAAAACAAACAAACAAACAAAAAACACUUAAACAAAAAUGGCCUCAUAAAUGCUCUAACUAAUGUUAAUAUCCAACAGAACAAAUUCUAACUGGGAAGAUGAUAGCAUAGAACUCUAAACCAGCAAAAAUUACAUAAUUAACCCCAAAGGCCUUUUGAAAGAGCGAGGUCUUCACCAACCACUUAAAGCGAUAUAAUGAAUGGGCCUGGGAGAUCCCAUUUUGGCAAGACAUUCCACAGAGUAGGUUCUUCUUGUCAGGAAGAGAUGUAAUGUAGUUGACGUGCCAGCUAAUGCUGGAAAAAAACACACCUUACAGCCACCACCUGCACAACAAACAGGAGUGCCAGAUCAACAAGUACUCCCAAACUACCACCUGCAAGCAUUUAAAAGCUUCAUACAAAACAUGAAUAUAUUUGCAUAGCUUCCAACAGCAACAGCUAAAUAUUAGGAAACAUAAAUUCACCCAGGUGGUUAAACAACCACCAGUGGUAUCCAAUUAGCGUGUUCCAUCAGAACAAGCAUUCCUGCUUGCACAGCAGAUUUCCCCCCAUCUCGCCUCCACAACUCCUAGGAGUUAAGGAAAACUCCUAGGAAAGACUAAGGGCACACAUGAGGGAAAGAGAGGGAGGAGGUUCCAUUGGCCAAACAGAAAUCCUUGCAGUGGCGGGACACAAUAGCUGGAUGCUGCGCUAUGUUUUACUUGCAGUUGAGUUACAGGUUUUUUUUUAAUAAUAAUAAAAAAAAGAAUUAAUCUUGUUGCAGGGCAUUAAUACCUCUUUUCUACUAGGCCUUCUUUUAUGCAGAAAUCUAGCUUCCCUACCAAUGACUGCAUUGUCACUAGGACAGUGUUUUUCCUCUAGCUAAUGCAGGAACUGCAGCAGUGUAACAAUGACUGUUCAAGUGUCACUGUCACUUACAGUGUAACGGCCUCACAUUACAGGCAGCAAGUAAUAUAACUCCCCCCUUCUCUCACUUGCCUCAUCUUUUACAAUAAAAUAAUUUUAAUGAUAAUUUUACCUUUUUACAGGCUGAGCACUAUUCCACUGUAUAACCCCAGUAAGAAAGGCCCUUUAUCAGAGUAGCCACUCAUCUAGUCACCUGUGGUGUGUAAGAAUUUUAUUUGGGCUACCAGGCUUGGAAACAUUACAAAUGUUGGUUCUUCCUCCUCCCCCUGUUUUAUGCUACAAACAACUAGCAUGAGUUUGUGUAGGCAGGAAUGCUCGUUAUUUUUUAUUGACACAUCUGGCUGUGCCUGUGUUCCUAAUUAGGUAGACGUCUUUUGAGGAAAGUGCCAAAGAGUGCUUCCGGUUAAGCUAGCCUUGAAUAUAUUUUGGUCACUAACUCAGCACCAGUACAUGGCACACUUGAGUGAAUGAUGGAACCCUAACAGGGCUCACUGCUACCACCAUAGCAGAUGUGGCUCAACCUGGGGGGAUGGCUGACCCUAUGUAGUGCAUCUUUACUCACCACCACCUUGUUCAUUAUGCUAGUGCCAUUCCCAACACGUGUAUGUUAGGGCCACUGUAAUUAGCAUGGUGAUGGCUAGAAGGGAAUGGAGGUGCAGCCCAUUGGUAUUGAUGAGUGAAGCUCCUGGUCCAUGCACCUGUCCUCCCUAGCACUGCCCCAAUGUAAUCAACAUUAUGGCAUGGGCAAGUUAAUGUGUGCCAUGUUACCCUGGUACUUGUUUGAUGCACCACCUGGGGCAGGCAUGCACCUGUCCUCCAAUUAGCAGGUGCAGGGGGUGGGCAUCAUUGAGAGGGAACCACUGAGGGUAGCUUGCCCUGGAUCCUCCAAACCGUGGCCCCAGUUUGGUCAACUGGUGUACUGUCGAACAUCUGCAGUAUGUGCCUAGUUAGUGAAUGUAGUUAAGAUGUAAGCAUCUUGCUGUUCCUUAAGUUAUUUGAUCAGUAUCAUGCAAGCUAUUUAAUGAACUGGAACAACUUAGAAUGUGCACAGAAAAAAUUCCAAAUUCCUGCUUUCAUCUUGGAUGUUAACUGCCUCAUAGUUCAUUUUGUUCUGUAGUUCUCUUAUUUUGAUUCCACAUUAUCUGAACACUUCAUUGUGAUAUCUGUAUUCCUGUUUAGUCAGUCUUCCUGGAGGUGCUCCAUUUUCUCCCUCAUUAUUACUUUGAGUCUUCACUCCUCCUCAUCCCAGCUGAAAUAUUUUCUGCAUCUUCCAAGUUGUUGACUCAUUCCAUUCUUGUCUCCCCCUGGCUUGACUUAUAAUCUUAAUGUAUUAUAGCAGGCACGUCCAACCGGUAGAUCACUGGACGUCUGUGGUCGAUCACUGGUAGAUCACUGGCUCCCCCGAAAGAAGCUCAACACCUUUGGCUCCCCUAAGAAAAGCUCAACAACUUAGACCUGAACCCCCCCAAAACAGGGCUUUCUGUCCUUAAAAAAGCUCAAAAUGUUUGACCUGAACCCCUAAAAAUGGGGUAGAUCACUCCCAGUUUUUAAACUCUGUGAGUAGAUCGCAGUCUCUUGGGAGCUGACCACUCCUGUAUUAUAGUAACCCUGAAUCUCUGCUGAUUUUUGUCUAUUAGGCUUGCUUUUACAUUUCAGCCACACAAAAACUCAGGCAACCUAGAGUCAUUAUCAUAAGUCCAGGACACUUUCUACUAAGCAAACUAAGCAAAAGUAUUCAAGAGGGUACAGAGCACAGCCAGCGAGGGGUGUAGCCUGAAAAGGACUAUGGCCUAGAGAGAAUCCUGUGGAGCGAAUAGAGCGGCCUGGAAGGCCUCAUUUGGCCCUAAAGCCUGUAUCCAAAGAAGUUAUGCCAUUGGCCCAAGUACUUCCACCUGUGCAGUGGGACUUCUUCCCCUGCGGCAUCCACAGAUCUGCUCUGGAGUUUUCCCAAAACCUCUGAAGCAGAUUUGGAAGGGUGUGUAGAGAAGAGAGGGCGAGGAAGUCACACAAACAAGGCUUUCAACCUGCAGAAAUGGGACAGUUGGAUGUAACCUGAGGCUCCCUAGUCUGCCUUAAAUUAUUGAUACAUUUAACUCAUAACCCACCUACUCUCAGCAACCAGAAACAUCAUAACCAGACACUGGAGAGACCUGUCAAGAGUAAGCAUGGACCAAUGGUAACAAAUGGUAUGGAAAACAGCCUUACUAGAAAAAUUAACCAAUACACUGAAACUGACACGGGGACAAAUAGAAGAAGACGCCGUCACCCCAGUGUGGCUCCCCUUUAUCAUAUACAUAGCCCAACAAGACGACGACAAGAAUCCACCAACAGCAUACAAAUCAAUAUGGCUAACCUGAUCCAAAACAUCCACCUACCCCACUCACACAUGAAAACAAAGUUCACCACAGCCAAUCACGAAUGAACAGUUACACCCUAGGCCAACCCCUAACCUCUCAGCACCAGAGGAACACAAGCGAAUAGCAAAGAGAACCUGCACAAGCGACGCUGACACAAAACCCCACACAUACAUUAAGUAAAAUAGAAACAUUGCCACCUGACCCCACCCCCACUCACCAUUCUCCCCCUCCAUCUCUUUCCCCCCUUUUCUUUCUGAUGUAACACUAAUAUCUGUAACUUGAAAAAAGAGACAUUGCACAUACUUUUGUAAACCAAUAAAUCUUUAAUAAAAAUACAUCAAAAAUUAUUGAUACAUUUUACUAUGAAGAUAAAAAUCUUUCUCUCUUACAUAUAAUCCAUCUAACUUCAUAGAACUAGUGAUAUGCAUUGGAAUCAAUUAUAGCUUGGUGUAAAUAGUAUUUGUACUUUGGCUGUAUCUGUGCAUAUCAAAGAGAAUGACUUCCCAACUACAUCCAAAUUAAUUCUCUUCUACAGAACACUGCAUGGCCAAAUGGACCAGGAUUGGUGGUCUCCAACUCUGCAUGCUUAGUCGACAACUCCAUAUUUUUCACAUAUAAUAAUGCGUAUUAUUUCUUAUAUUUUAUUCUGCUUUUGCUUGGUUUAUAAAAUGUAGAACAAACUGGACGUGCUUUAUCACAUCUUGAUAAAAUGUGCAAGUGUUCAGAAAUUUAAGUAUCACAAGUUACCUUUUGCCACAUUUUGUACAACUGUGGGUAAAUUACUUUGGGGGACUAUAAUGCAGAAAUAAUUAACUGGUGUGCCCCCCAACUGGUGGCCACAUUAAAUUUUAAUCAAGAUGUGAUAAAAUGUUUGCCCUAGGUUUUAGUUCUACAGAAAAUAAAAACCUUGUUAUUAUGCAAAAUUUCCAAAAAAGAAAUUUAUUGUGGCUUGUACCUAAAUGCAUGCGCUCCAUAAUGAUGAAGUCCUUACUGCUAGAUGGUGCUAACCUAAUGGUGAAGUCAGGUUGCUCAUGACUGCUCACGAAAGUUAGUUUGAGACUUCAGAUGUUGGUAAUUUGUGGUAUAAAGUGAGAGGUGCUAAGAUUGUAGACAUUUAUGGGAGAAGAUACCCAUGUUCAAUUGUUCUAUGUGUUGAGAUUUUCAAGGAGAUCUUCACAUUGUUAGGGAGGGCCAGAAUGAAGACAGACCUGCUAGCUGCAGGAGGACUUCAAUACUGAAGCUUCAUAUAGCUAAUUUUCUUUAGAGAAAUAGUAAAUCUUGAAUAAACUUUAUACAGGGGUUUUGGAAUUCUGUCCCCUUAAAAUUAUGUAAACUCAUCUGGAAUUCUAGCUAAAAUAUACAAACUCAAUAUGUACCAUUUUAUUUAUGUUUCAUGUACUAUAUGUUCAGCUAAUUUUGAAUUUUGGUGGAUUCUGUACUUGAUCCAUUCUGUUAUCAUGCCACUAUACACUAAUCAUAGUUGAAAACACAUUGAAAAGCUUAAUUUUACACAAUUUUGGUUUUUCCCCCAUGAAAAACGUAAGGACCAGAAACAUCUCAUUAAAAUUUGGAGCUAGGAUUGUAAGACAUAUUUAACUUGCUGUUUGAUAUGAUGUUUCUUGUUCAGUUGCAUGAUCAGUCCUAAUGAGGUUUCCAGAAUCUUCCUUUAUGCUGACUUGCGUUAAGUGUUCAGACAAUAAAAACCUUUUAUGAAGAAUCAAGUGAUGAGAAACAUCAGUGUUAACUUGAGCACAAGAAAAGAAUAUGACAUUUUGACUUUUACAGUGGUGCCUCGCAAGACGAAAUUAAUUCAUUCUGCGAGUUUUUUUGGCUUGCGAUUUUUUUGGCUUGCGAAGCACGGUUUUAACGGGUAUUAACGGUUUUAAGAAAAAGGAAACAAACUUGCAAGACGUUUUCGUCUUGCGAAGCAAGCCCAUAGGGAAAUGCGUCUUGCGAAGCAACUCAAAAAACGAAAAACUCUUUCGUCUUGCGAGUUUUUCGUCUUGCGAGGCAUUCGUCUUGCGAGGUACCACUGUAUUUAGGUGACUGAGUAAUUUUAAGUAAAUGUUAGAAUAUAGCCAUUUUUAUCAAUCUUGGGUUUUUGUGGUUAUACCAUCUCUUCAAUUUAUUGCUGCCUUGUGGACUUCUCAGUAUAAAACUUGUAACUAAUUUUAAAUAUAAUAAAGAAAAGCGUAUUAUAAAAUAUUUAUGGUAACUUUUUUUUAAAAAAAGUACUGAAAAUUAACAGAUUAUGUUGACUCUCUUUCUACAUCUGCUUUAUUGUUAAUUUCAAUCCCUGGCAUCUCUAGUUAGGAUUGGGAGAGACUCCUGUCUGAAACCCUGGUGAUCCAUUGCCAAUCAAUGUAGAUAGACAGUACUGAGCUAGAUGGACCCAAUGGUCUGAAUCCGUAUAAGACAGCUUUCUACGUUCCAGUCUCAAUCUUAUUUCUACUUCUAAAUGUUCCUUUUUAUUUAUUCAAGAGACUGUAAAAUAGGUAAUGAGGGUGGCAUACCUGACUUCUAGGUCUCUCGUUGCCCAUUUUUUAAGGAAGCAAAAUAGCAUUGUUAGAGAUCACAGUUGUCAGCAAUUUAUGACCAUUUGAACAGUUUUGAGAACUUUUUCUAAAGGGAGCCAUUCUUCUUUCUGCUGUUCCCUUUCUAUCCAGUCCCCAUUGUAGCAAUAUAUAAUUGUUAUCCAGAAACAAAUUGAUAAUAGUAGUUGUAAUCAGUUAUUCACAAACUUUUUUGAACCAAUGAUGUACUGUUGCACAGUUUGGCUUAAUAUUGUUAUUAAGCCAUCCUCUUUUGGGGUUAAAAACUACACUGUGUGGUGGUGUCACAUCAUGGUCCAGGCUAGUUACAUCCUUGAGCAAGGAAUUUUUUUGCAGAAUACUGUAUAUGACUAAGGGAAUAAAAAUAAAAGCUGAUAAUACUUACCGUAGGGUAGGUGUUGCUGGCAAGAUGUUUGGCUAUAACCCUUGUUAUUCCUGACCAUUGGCCAUGCUGGCUGGGUUGGAUCAGUGUUAGAGUCCAAUAACAUCUCAGGAGAUCAUGUUGGUAGCUGUUUUUAAAACUAUAACACCUCUUCCAUUUCUGAUUUACAAAUACUGUGUUUUAACUGUUUUUCAUGCCACACAGCCUUUGCUUAGUGUAGUGUUUUUUUGAUAACUGGGACAUGGUGUAGAGAUGCCCCUCUAGAUGUUUUGGACCUGCUUCCUGAGGCUAAUGGGAGGAUGGCAGGUUUGGGAAGAUUUUUGGAUAGGUGUUUCAUGUAUUAAUGAUUUUGGCAUGUAUCUAUGGGUUUUGUGGCUGAUCCUCAAGGGUCCUUAAGUUGGCACAUAAAUACAACCAGGAAGGUUAUCCAAGAUUAGAAAAGCACUGGCCUAGAAGCACCAGAAAGGGUAGAACAUUCUUAUUUAUCUCUUUCUGCUGGAUUCCGGCAAUUCAAGACUUCGCAGCUACCCUGUAACCUGCUAGACGUUGUUUAACCACAUGUGAGGAGUUUGAUAUCAAGGAUUACACUAGAAACCAAUUAGUUGGAGUACUAUAAUAGCAUACAUAGGGUUGUAUCCAAAGUUAGUCUUACUUAGAGUAGGUCCAUUGACAUUAAUGAACAUAGCUGACUUAGAUCCGUUAAUUUCUAUGGAAUGAUGAUUUGUUUUAUUGAAUUAAGCUAAAGGUCAAUCUAGCAUUCAGGUUGUACGUAUGGGGUGAGGGGAAAGGAAGCAGAAGUCUUGUUGCACAAGUGGGAAUCUGCUUGCAUGAUGCUGGAUGUCACCCCAUGGCAAUGGCCAUUUCUUGUUGAUUUGUUGCAAGGAUUUGUAAAGUACCUGUGACCCACUCAAAUUGUGUCCAAGAAUUGACAGACGCAGCAAUGGAGAAAAAGAAAGUGAUAUUUAUUGCUGAGCAAUAAUUGACCCAGUGGAAUCGUUUCCAGAGAGUGGGCACCCCAGCUCUAGCGCCCUGAGGCUUUAUACCUGAGUACAUACAUGACAUAAUCGAAUACAAUCGGACACGGCAGCAAAAAUAAAACCAAUGAGCGCAUUCAAGCCUUGCCCCCUGAUCAUGUAAAGAGUUCCCUCCCAACUUCUGCUUUCUUCAGUCUGUACAUCAGUUCGACCUUUCCUUUGCUUUAUGGUAGGAAAGGAGAAAGGAACUUUAUUCGGCCAUUACGCUGUUGAUAGCUCUCCUACGCAACAUCUGCUAUACAGGGACAUUUGUGGUUAGCAUUUUCCUGUUUUAGCUGCUAAGGACCCUGCCUGGACAGGAGGAAAGUGCCAGCACAUCAGAUUUAUUGCUUCCCCCCUUAUGUUGGCGAGACAUUGAGGACAUAAGAACAACAAGGGGAGAGAACUGGGGCAGAGGUCCUUUUGGAUUUUUCAAAUAUAAGCAAUUUGCUUUAAGCUCUGCAAAAGCCUUCAUGAUUCAAGCAUGGAUUAUAUAAAAUCAUCAUAAAGAUAUAUGGUUAUAUAUGGAUAUAUGGAUAACUGAUUAUAUGAAAAGCAUACGGGUAAAAUUCACCCAGGUGGUCCUGCUUCAGAUUGACCCUAAUACCUAGUACAUACUCAUAAAGUGUUUAAAUAGCAAUAUUCCCAGCGUUUUGUAUGCUGUGCCUACUAGUCAGUGACUUUGUCCAAUCCUUUUUUAAAGUCGUGAAAGUUGGCAACAAUUUUGCCAUGCAUUGUUGCAGUGUAUAUCUAGAUUUAUUACGUGAAGAAACACCUCUGCAGCCUGGUUGGCACAUUAUGGUAACCCUUAGUUACAAACAAACUGGCUGAACAUGAACAAGCUAUGUUCUGGUGCAGGCUACUCAAAUCACACUCUUCACUUUUGCCAAGGAAGGAAGAAGCAAACCACAGCACUGAGUUAGCAUUUCAUGCGACCCAGAGCCUGUGGUUUAUUUCUCUUUAAACAAACCAUGAGGGGAAGCCAAUACCUCUGUGCUUAUUAUGUGCAAACAUGUCUUAUGUUAUGAACCCACUGCCAUUUAUUCUUAUUAGACUGCUCUCACUUCCAGUGAGAGAGAAAUUUCUCUUCCCUCUUAACACAUUAUUCCAUAGACCUUGAUUAAUUGAUCCUAUCAUUUAAUAACAGAUAGGGUUGAAUGGAAUGCCUUCAAAUAUAUUCAGAUUUAGAUUUGUAUAUGCAAUAUAGUAUCCAGUUAUAUGACAAAUACAUAGACUAGAGUUGAUAGGCUAGUUAAUUUACUAGUCACUACAGUGUUUAUUUAACCAUAAUCAAAUAUUACCAAAUAUUCCAUGAAGUCAAGAAUUUCAAAAUGAAUCGUGUGAUCAUUUGAUAGAAUUGCAGUGGUAAGGGCCCCUUACUUCCCAACAGUGCAGGAAUCAGGGCCUGUUACAAUGUAUUUACAUAGGAACCGUCAUUAUCUGCCUUGUAACUUUUUUGCUUUUGUGCUUCCAGUUAAACAAUUGGACCUAAUUUCCCUAGCUGACCUCUUGCUUAACAGUAGCGGUCUCUGAACAGGAACAACUUACAGAGUUAUAGGCCUUGAAUUGCCACCAUGUCUAAUUUCAUUGUGUGUGCUUGUGAAGGUUUUAUGUUCUGUAUGCAAACAAUGCAUGUUGUGCUGCUCAUGGAAAUAACAGGUGACUGCCACAAUUUCAUGCUUGCAUUUUGUGGUUCCCACUUUUGUGCAUAUAAGUCAGCCAGCCCACAGCAGAGAGCAUACCAAUUAGGUUUUUAAAAAGUUUAUUAGCAUCUAAUUGAUAAUAUUUGACUGUUCAAGGGACCAGGAGUGGACCAACUUCAGUAUUCUAUUGCCUUACUGUUUUGCACUAGAGUUCUUGUGAUCUACCAAUGUGUAUUAAGUUAUAGAGCACGAUUGUGCACACAGUUGGGGCACAACUUAGUCACUUCUAAAUGAUAUUCAGUAUGCAGCUUGGCCUAAGGACGCAAGUUCCUUGCUGGAUCAAAUCAUAGCUCACCUACUAUCAGCAUUAUUUGGCUAAGAGUCCAAACUAGCUUCUACCCAUUCUGCUUGGAUUUCCUUUUCCUUUUUUGCUUCAGAUGUUUAAUAAUCCCACCCCUUUGCCAGUGCAUGAGAUAAAUGAGAUGGCAAAAUGGUCCAAUCACAAGACAGUGCAAAAGCAAAAACAAGUAUAUGUACAUGACUGCAAUGUUAAUGACUAAUUCAAUGCUCAAUUUAAAAGUUAUCACCUGAGUACUCAGAAGGAAGGUGUGUUUACAGGUCCAGGUUAUAGUCUGGUUAUCUCCUGUCUCGGGGGUGGAAAACUGGCUCUGGCCAGUGGACAAGUUCAGACUUCCCCCAAUGCCUGCAUGCCACUUUGGCCUGUGGGAUAGGUUGCUCAUUUGUAAAUCACUUGAAAUCACUGUAUUUUCUGGUGGAGUGUUUUCCUUUGCCUGUGUGAUUUAGUUUCAACUGUUGAAAUCCAACCAUGUGGGAAAAUGAAGUAUUUCUCUUAUCAGCUCUUAUCGCAAGCCCCCUAUGGGCUGAACCCCAUGAAGUUUUUGAUUGAGAACUCAAUAGAGCAGCUGAUCCCAGUGGGGCUUGCUGUCAGCACCAAAUUAGCAUUUACAGCAAUCCUCACUUGCAGAGGAACUAUCAGGAGCCCACCUUUAAGGCUCUCAGUUGUUCUUUUGUAGCCUUGCUUUCACCUGCCCCUACACCUGAAAUCACAGGUGUGGGGCAGAUAGGCAUUAUUUCAAGGAGACAGCCUUGUAGACCACAUUAAGAUUCCUGCAGCACCUUAUCUGUGGGCUGGAGGUUCCUAACUGCUGUGCUAUGUGGAGCCCAUUGGAGGACCCAAGUGGCUUGUGCUAAGUGAGGACGUUCAGUACUUGACCGUUGUAAUCACCAUUACUUUCUGUGUGUUUAUAAGAGAUUGCCAAUCCAUUUUCUUUUGGGGGGCAGGAGAUGUAUUUAUAAUCAUGUAGGCUUAAGAGACAAUGGUUUGAUUUCAAACUACAAAUCGAGAUCUGAAAUCAUUAAAUCAGGAUUAAACUACAGUCUCUCGACUUGGAUAUAACAGGAAAUGUCAUGGUAGCCCUCCUUUUGUAACAAUAAGAAUGUCAUGUUAGUCUGAAGUAUUGAUUUUCUUGCUGGCCAUGAAAUCUGCACAUAGGGGAUUAAUCAGCUUGGUAAUUGUAUGCACUUACUCCAGGCAUACCGGUAGUUAAGGAAAACAGGGUUCUGUUGAGGAACCUUGUAGGUUGACCUCUGCCUUUUGCUUUUUGUUCAGUCAAGGCAAAUGUUGCACUUCUGACUUUUCUAGCCGAACCUUAGUUCUGUGUAGUCAUGCUAGGACAUUAGUUUGAUAGGGGUAACAUGUAGUAAUUAUUCAGUCAACUCUCCUUUCUUGACCUGGAGCAGUGAUAGCCAACUUCUGCAUUCUCUGGUGCUGCUGUGUGUUCACAGUUAAUGAUUAUGUGUGUUUGUGCUGGAAUCAUUACAUACAAAACCAAAGGAGAGAUGCUACAACAAUAGUGUCAAAUAUCUCUUUCUUUUGUACCUGUUUUCCACCGUGAAUAAAACUGUUGGGGAAACAUAACGUGCAUUGAUUUAAAAUGGAUUGAAGCUGACUGAGGUUAAAUAAAAUACUACAGUUGCUCAUCAUUUCAGGUAUGGAGCUAAGUAGACCAAAAUAAAAGGGUGGAAGCAGGAUCUUGUCACAUAGAAAGAUUUAAAAGUUCCAAGAAGAAAGCAAUAUGAUGAAAAAAUAAGGAGCUUUCAGUCAUAGCUAAACCACUGAACACACACAGUGCAUUGUUUUAGGGAACAACUUUCCAUCCUUAAAACUGUUGUCUCAGAAGGCCUGUCUCCUGCUUUGAGAACCAUAAUGCAUUAAUAAUACUUGUACGUUAUAUAAUUUGAACCUCCUGUUUGUAAAUUACUUCUGUAUCUAGAGCCUGCCAUUUUACAUUACUUUUGCUAUUCUAAUAGAGUGUGGAAGUGCAUUAAUUCACAGUUUAUAGCAGUGUUUGUCAAAUUUGUAUGAAUUUCAUUCAGUCUCUGCUAAAAGUAGUUAAUUCUGUAAGGCAGGGGUUCUUAACCUGUGGUUCAUGAAUGAGCUUCAGGGGGUCUGUAAACUAGGUAAAAAAAAAAAAAGAUUUUCUAUUGCAGUAAUAGAAACGGUAUGCAAUAUUUUGUGUUUAGGUGUGAGUCAUGCUUCUGAGUAAACAAACAUAAAAUUGCACUGUAGAUUCAACUCCCAGUGUUGUAUUGUGGCCACAGGCCAAGUGUCAAAGUAAAAGAACAAGGAACAAACACCUUGGCUUCACAAGCCUGAUGUAGGCAGUCAUAAGGAAGCAGAAAGCUUGCAAAAGGUAGAGUUGAGCCUCAGUACUGAUAAUAAUGGUUUAGUGGUUUGUGCACAAGCUGGAAUGAAGCCUCGGGCUUGUUUUGAAACUACCGUAUUUUUCGUUCUAUAGGACGCACAUUUCCCCCUCCAAAAAUUAAGGGGAAAUGUGUGUGCGUCCUAUAGAGCGAAUGCAGGCUGCGCCGCUAAGCCCAAAGCCAGAACAGGAAGACGGAGCACUGCGGAGCGCUCCGUCUCGCUGCUCUAGCUUGGGGACGGCUGCGCGCAAACCUCUGCAGGGCAGCGGGGCGCUGCGCUCCAAAGGCUUCAGGGAUCUUUGAGGCUGGCGGUGGGGGAAAGCAGCGCUUCCCCCCACCGCCAGCCCCACAAGCUCUGGUGAAUGUACCUUGAACGCACGAUGUUUUAGAGGGGGAGAACAAGAAAAAAUUUUUUUCCCCUGUUCUCCCCCUCCUAUGAUCUGGUGCGUCCUAUGGUCCGGUGCGUCCAGUGGAGCGAAAAAUACGGUAAGUCUGUGAUAAACCAUAGUCCUGGUUGUAAGACAACACGAUGAGAAAGUAAAACUAAAUGCUAGCAAAACCACCUAGCCAUAUGGGAGGAUGGAGUGUGUAAGCCUGAGGUUGAGCUCAUUCCAGUUUACACAUGUAGCACUAAACCAUGCUCUGGAGCUAUGUGCAAACUAUACCAAUACUGUAGCUACAUUCACAGGUCAGAGUAAUCCAUGGUUUAGCCUGUCAGGAACGAGCUUAGACAAACUUUAGGUUCAAUCACUUGCCUCCUCUUUCCAUGUGGCAUGGUUGCAAGUAGGAAUUCAAAAGCUUUCAUUUUACUUUUUAUUAACCACCCCUUGUCAUAUUGUCAAACCUGACAAAGGCCCAGUUCGCAUGCAGUGCUGAACCAUGAUUUAGCACUAUGUUCGUGAGCAGGAAGCAGUAUGACGAAAGUCGUGGACUCAUAUACUUCCUCAUCGUCUCAAGCCGGGAGGAGAAGUUACCUAGCAUUUACUUUAUUUUACAAAAUCUUGGCAUAGUGUUAUAUAGAUAAACCAGAGAUACAGACCACCAUGGGCUCCUUGGGAGGAAAUUUAAUAAAUGAAGCUGGAUAGUUAAACUUCAUAACCCAUUAUUUGAAGAUGGCUGAUCAUAUUAUAGAGCUCAGACAUAAUGUGAAACUCUGGGUUGUUGAAUUUGGAAGCAAAAGUUUAUUAUCUUGUAGCUACACCAGAGGAGAGGGAAGGGGCAUCAGUGGAUCCUAACACUCACCUAUGCUUGGCCCUGUCACACUGAAGCAUAGUUUGAUGUCUGAAUGUAGCUGCUGCUCCUGAGAGUGGCUAACUUGUUGCCCUUCGAUUCCCUUCAGCUCCAGCCGGCAUGAUAGGAAUAAUGGGAGUUGUAGUCCAAUGACAUUUGGAGAGCCACAGGUUAGCCACCCAUGGUUUUGAGAUCAAGAAGGCUUGGUGCCUCCCUGUUGCAAAUGUCUCCUUUGGCAGACAGGAUCUCACUGAUCAGUACACAUCCAUUUAGGGUGCUGCUUCAGUUUCUUUCAAGUAAUUUUAAUAACCAAUUCACAGUUGUCAUUUAUUAGAAAUUACAUGUUCUUUAUGGGAGGGCAGUUAUGGCAUUAACCGUCUAAGAAAUAAUAAUUCAAAUGCACAAAUGAUACACAUAGCUUUUAUAGUUUGUGUAUAUGAGAUAAGAGAAUUUGGAAAUUUGGGCUCCUUUAUGUGUUCCAGUCUUUUAGCACCCUCUCCUGACACUCCUUGUGUAUUGCACUGUUUAAAAGGGAUCUGGGCUGUUCAAGGCAUUUCCUAAAAGAACAUAAAAAAGAAUUAAGUAGCAUUUUUAAAAAUUUGAGUUAGUGUUUGAAGAAUUUUUCUGUUUAAGACCGAAAGCCAAAAAUUUCCUUUUUAUUGCUUUUUGAAAAAGAAUUGCAAUAGUGUUAUCAGAUUAUUUCUGAUAUUUUAUCAUCACUUUACUAAAAUGUAAUCAUGUUGCUUUACAAAUGUUAAAACAAUAAUAAGGUAACAAAUAAAAAAACAAAAAUAGAAAACAGACAGCAAUUAUACAUCCUUAAAAGCAAUGUCUUGCAGAAACCUGUUGAACAAAAACAGUUUUUGCUUCUUCCCUAAAAGCAAUUGGGGAUACUGAUUUAAUUUUGUUAUUCGAUUUCUUACCCACCCUUCAUUAUAAAAGAAGAAUUAAAAAACACCAUCCCUUGAAGUGUACUGCACCACCAGGUGAAGUUAUUCACAGGGUGGAAGAGCAGGAAGUGAUACUUCUGUUACCUUUUCCACCACUGAUGCCACUUUUUUAUAUGACAGUAAUAGCUGCUGAACUUUCCAACUGGUUCAUGCUGGUUGAAGGUAUGGUAAGGAAAAGGGAGUAGUGUGAGAAUUCUGCUCAAUCAGACCACGGAUCUAUCUGAUCCAGCUUCCUGUUUCCAACAGCAGCCAGCAACAUCCUUUUCUUUAUUUCUUUGGUGGAAACUCAAAAGCAGCACAUGAAGGCAACAGCUCUCCGCUAUUGUUUGUUUCCCAUGACUGCUAUUUAAGGACAUAUGCAGUGUUUCUCAAACUUGGGCCCCCAGCUGUUGUUGGACUACAACUCCCAUAAUCCCUAGCUACCAGAACCAAUAGGGAUAAUGGGAGUUGUAGUCUAACAAUAGCUGGGGACCCACGUUUGAUAAUUUUGUGUGGUAGAAAAAAUUAUAAAUUAAAUGUCAUGUGAAUAAGUGCUUUAAAAAAACACCAAACCAUUUUGAAUCUACUGCCAGUUUAACCUUAUGACUGUAUUCUGGAUUUUGAGAGGAGGAAAAACAUCAUUUUACAUAGUGAAAGCUUUUAUAAACCUGUCCACUGUAGCCACCCAAAAAGCCUGAAGCAUUUUAGAUUUUCCGUGAAAGUGAGGGUGUUCUAACCUCCUAAUCAUUUUAUUGCUUUUUCUUCAUCUUUUCCAGUUCUAACCCUUUUGAGAUUUGUUAACCAGAACUGAAUACAAUGUUCCAAAUAUGGCCAGUUUAACUUUAAUGAACAACAGCUAAGUUUCCAUUGUACGGGAGAAAAAUUGAGAUUUUUGCCAUGAGUAAACAACAGUCCAGAAAGAGGGAAGGGAAAAGCUGUGCUCACUGCUAGUUGCAACUGUUAAAAACUGUGCGGCUUUGAAUACAGAUGUAUUUUGUGGAAAAUGUGGUAUAUAAAUCAAUUUACCACAACUAUCCUGUGGCAAUCAUAAGGAGGACCUUUUCAAUUGUGGCAUGCACCCUUUCCUCUGAAAUAGGACAAGUGCCUACUAUUGGCUUGGGGCAGUUCCUAAAAACUUACCUUUUCUCCUAGGCCUUUACUGAGCAUUAAUACAGGAAGCUCCCCAUUUACCUGGGGGUUGCGUUCCGAGGCACCGUGCACAUCAGUAGGAUGUGCAUAAGCUCACCCUGCUCCUAGCUGAUGAGAAAUGCAAAACCAGCUAUACAUGGCAGUAGCAGUAAGAAGCAAGGGAAGCAGGCACACUCCAUUGGCUCCACUGAAAGACCAAGUUCCAUUGGGUUCCUCCUUUUCUCAACUUCUUCUGCCGGCAGCUAUUCCAUAAAUUUUCUGCAGAGGGAGAGAUGGAAAGCAGGACCACUCAGUCGACUCAGCUGAGACCAGUUCAAUUUGGCUCCCUCUGUUCCUGAAUUGUUUCCAUUCCAGUUGGUCAUUGAGGACUAUUAUGUACCUUUAAGAAUUGUUUCCUGAAUAUGCUUGCCUUCCUCUUCCCUCCUCAUUGCUUUCCUUUCGUGUCAUUUCUUUUAGAUUGCAUGCCUGUGAGCAGAGACUGCCUUUUUUUAUUGAUCUUAUAUAAGCUACUCUGAAAGUCUUUUCGUUUGAGGAGUGGGGUAAACAUUCUUUAAAGGCAUUUUUUGUGAAAGACUUUGAGUAACAUUCAGCUAUGGCAUCCUGCUGAUGCUGUGAACUUGUGUAAAAUAACUUCCCCUUCUUUUGCUUCUUUCUGUAGCCCCUUGUAUGCUGCCAAAAUCUGUUUCUGGGGCUGGGGGAGUAGAAAGGAAGGUCCUGGCAUACCUGCUAGCACAGUGUUGGAUCUUGUUCAUAGGAAAAAUGUUUAGUAAAAUUUGGUGAAGAGAAAAGAUGGAUUAUACUAGAAGACUCCACACCUGCUUUGCUCAGGGUACUCUGAUGGUUCGGUUGCUAGCCUAGUGUAGGAUUUUACAAAGUAAGAGGGUGAACCUAGCUACAUACUUGUGUGGGUGUAUUCUUUUACUCUCUGCAAAUGGAAGCACACACACAAAAAUACGUUUUGUGCACAAAUGUAUAGUUAACCUUACCUGACCCAUGUUUAAUAUUGUUGCAUUUGCUUUACAGAGUGCCUAGUGGAGAAUGCAAUGGGAUCAAUAGCAUGUCUGCGGAGAGUGGCCCUGGGACAAGACUGAGAAAUUUACCAGUAAUGGGGGAUGGACUAGAAGCUACACAAAUGUCUACAACACAGGCACAGGGCCAAACCCAACAAGGCAAUACUGCAGCUAAUAACCCACCUCCACCAGAGACCUCAAAUCCUAACAAACCCAAGCGUAUGACCAACCAGCUGCAGUAUCUGCUCAAAGUGGUGCUCAAGACACUAUGGAAACAUCAGUUUUCAUGGCCUUUCCAGCAGCCUGUGGAUGCUGUCAAACUAAACCUCCCUGUAAGUAUAGACUUAAGAUACAUUGUUGCUCCUUUAAUUCUCUUAUCAUUUAGUGGUGUGAGAGGGCAAGGGGUGGGAUGCUUGUGGAAGAUGGGAGGUGAGGAGCAACCCAAAGGUGGAAAAAAAUGUGUGUGGCAGCGGAAUUGGCUAGGGGGUCAACAGGAGAGGAAUAGAAAUGUAGUUUCAUGAGGACGGAAAUAAACAUAAACAUUAGAGUUUCUUCAGAAGUGUUGAAGGGACUGGGAACAGGACUAAAGAAAGCAUGCGGUCAGCUAAGAUUCUAAAGUACUGAAUAUUAUAGGACAAAGGGGCAUCAAAUGGGCCUACAGUAAAGUGAGGGAAAUAAGUUAGAUAAUGUGGAGUAAGGAGUAGGCAUGUGGGUGGGGAGAAAAUCAAGCAUGAAAGCAGCAUAUGUUAUGUUCAAUGAAUUAAAUUUCAUAGGAAGGAUGCUUGAUACAGCUGGAAGCUGAAGAAGGGCUAUCAUCUGGUGUGCCCAUCCAUAUUUUCAGUCGCCAUUGCUGGUUCCCAACAUCUCUCCCCGUAUUGUGUAUCUAAUGUAGACAUAAUUCCCCUGGGUAGGAGUUGUAUCACUUUGGGCUCUAUAUAGCAGAUAGCACAGCAUUUCUUUUCAAUUAAUUAGUUAAUUGUGGCAGCAACAUUUAUUUGUAUGGUAAGGUUAUUUUAUAAUUAUUGUAUGGGAGUAUUUUUAUUUGCUUGAUGCUUAGCUUUCCUCGUAUCAAACCUAAAUAAUUGGUUUGGUUGGCAAAUGGGAGGUUUUAUUUUCAUAUUUAGUUUUUCUGAUACCUUGUUAGUACUUGGCUUACAUUAGCCAUGCCUCCAUGAUUUAUCUUGUUAGUUAUCCAAAGGGUUCUUCUGUGAAAAAUCUGAAAAUAAGACCUCAAAGUCUACUUACUAGCUAACCAACAGGCCAUAGUAAUGUAGACACUGAUAUGCUGCUUCCCCACCACUCAGGGACCAUUUUAUUCAGCUGUAUUACUCAGGCAGUGUGAAAGAAAUCUUGCAAGCUGUUUGAAACAACAUUCCUUUGUUGGAGCACUCCUAAAUAGAUUUCUCUGCAUGCUUGGUCAGUGGUCAGCUUGUAUUCUUCCUAGUCAGGAUAUUAGGUUGAUUUUAAGAACUGUGAUGCCCAGUGUACCCAUCCUGAUUUUAUGGGCCUGAUCCACAUCAUUCCUGUGCUGUGCAGCACUGCAUGGUGCUACAGGGAUGCUUCUGCCCAUGAAAUUGUUGAAAAUUUGUGUUGCCGAAGAAAGAACAAUUAAAUGGCUACCAGAGCCCAUUGGAAAUGUUACAGAGCAUGCUUACAGGGCUACUUCAUUCCCUGACUACUAAAGCUAUAUAUGCAGUUCAGGCAAAUCCCUGUCUUUCAGUAUGUGCUGUUGUUGUUGAAGACUAGCUAACUAAACUGGUGGUCUGAAAAGAGAGCUAUUGACAGGAAUUGUGAACUGCAGCCCCAGAAUCCUUCCCAACAUUAGAAAUGUUGUUUUAAAAGUUCUGGUUUACAUUGUUUACUGGGUGCAGAUACCUUACUUUGUUUGAACAGACAGCUGAUGGUUUUCCAUAUUAAUUGUCAUGAAAUUUGGGCUCUAUCGGCCAUUAGGUGUGCGUCUUUCCUUUACAUUAAAAGUCUGUUUUAAACCCAGUAUCACAGAGGAACUGAGGGUUCAACUAGAUAGGACUAUGUCUUGCCUUUGGUUAAAAGUAGCUAUGGAGGGAUAAGGAUUUAAAAUGGGUUUCUUUUACCCAUGUGUCCCCACACCAGUCCCCCAAUGGAUGUUGCAUCUGAAGUUGCCAUUAGCUACAAAGGGUGUAAAAGAUGUGAAUAAUACAGCACUAAUGUGUCUGACUGUGUAGAAGCAGUUAUAAAUAGAUAUUGCAAUAGCUAAGGAUUAAAAGGUUGAAUGAUUUCCCUCUCUGUCAGUUGUUUUGAUAAGACUCUGAAUGCUUCUAGGUUUAAAAUUAUUUUAUCUUCUAGACAUUGUUACUAAAUAUGUUGACAUAUUCAUUAUUAGAGUUGGGACAGAGAGAAAAUUUAUAAGCUUUUCUACCUGAAAGGCUUGAAUGCAGUAUGCCUGGUAAAAUUUUCAGUUAUAAUAAUUAAUCUUCUCUGUUGCCACAGGAUUAUUAUAAAAUUAUUAAAACUCCUAUGGAUAUGGGAACAAUAAGGAAACGCUUGGAGAAUAACUACUACUGGAAUGCUCAAGAAUGUAUCCAGGACUUCAAUACAAUGUUUACAAACUGUUAUAUCUAUAAUAAGGUAUGUUGUCUUCAUAUAUUUGGGCUUUCAAAUUAUGUGUCUGUGACAUCGCAUGAGACUUUCUCUCAUGCAACAGUACUUUCCUUCUUCUACCUGCCCUAGAAGCAACAUUUCUUUUAAAAUAUAUUCUUUAUUUAGAGAAGGUAAAAUUCUUCACUUUUUAACAGUUUUCAGAAUUGAGAUUUAAAACAAGCAGGUUCCAAAUGUUUAACUCUGAUAAACUUGUCUGCCUUGAGAUUUUUUUAAAACAACAGCAAAAAGAAACAAGAUAUAAAUCUCUACAACAAAACAAUAUUAUUGAAUCCAUUUCAAAAGCAGAUAUAAGUGUGUAUGUUACUUUAGUUAUAUAAUGAAAUACAGUGAGUUGGGGGGCGAGAGCUGUAUGCUGGCAAAUACUUGAAUGGCCAAAUUUGAUUUGGAAAAAGUCAGGUAGAACCCAGAAGUGACUACAUUAGACACAGUGUAGAAUAUGAUGUGGUUAAAGGGAACCCGAAGCCACAGGGCUUUUAAUGAAAGCGUGCAGCUUGGAAAUUGCAAUCUAAAAGCUCUGCACGACGUCUUAAGAUCACAUUGCAAUAAAUACAUCCGUAUCAAGGGCUGUGUCCAGUCUUCAUCUUAGGCAGAAUAGACCUGUUGAAAUUUAUAGACAUGAUUAACUUAGGUCCAUAAAUUUCAGUGGGUUUGCUUUGAAUAGAAUUUGGAAACAACCCCAGAACAUGGCAUCCAACACAUCCAGGUGUCAUUGAUACGAAUUAGGCAUAUUUAUUGCCACGUCAUUCUGUUAUUUCCAUGCUAUUAGAGUUAUGAAUGUGUGUAACCUCUUACAUUUUUUGUUUGUUCAGCCAGGGGAUGAUAUUGUUUUAAUGGCAGAAGCUCUAGAAAAACUUUUUCUGCAGAAAAUAUCUGAAAUGACACAGGAAGAAACUGAAAUUGUUAUAGUCCAGACAAAAGGAAGAGGACGGGGGAAGAAGGAAACAGGUACUGAUAUGUGGACUGCCCAUUCAGUUUGCAGGGGUUUUUUUUCUUUUGGACUAGCCAGUGCUCACUGUCAUUACUUAUGUAUUUGAAUAGGGUGGAUUAGCUUGUACUUGAAAGGAACUUGAGUUUGUGUGUGUGUGUUUCAUGUACCUCUAGUAUCCAUGUCGGGGAGAGAGAAUUACCUAGUGUCAGCAAGUAAUAAUGCAGAAACAUCUCUUAAACAAAGCAUCGACAUCAAUCACUCCCUUUGUCUUGGGGUGGGGGGCAGAAUCUAUCCCUGCUAAUAGGCUCUCAGCCUGGGAAAGUGGAGUAUAGAAAUCACUUUCUUUAGUUUUCCAAUGUACAGGGUAACAAUACUUCCCAUGCCUCUCCCCCAACAAACCAAAAACUAUCCAAAUAGAAGGCUCUCACUUUAAGAAGAGGUAGGAAUCAGUAUCUCCAAUUUCAUGUACAGUUUAGCCCCAAAACAUCAAUCUCUAUAAAGAAAGGAAAAAAAGUAACACGGGUAAGCAAAAAUUCAUUAUUUUUUUUGGGGGGGGGGGAAUAUGCCCUGCACCCCAAAGGCUGUCCCAGAAAUAGCUACAGCAGUCACUGUUGCUCAGCUGAUGAUAAUGAGCCAGGUAAUGAGGCUCCCAGUCACACAGCCAGUCUAUUUGCCCACCUCCCUCCAGCGCCUGCAAGGCAUAGCAUUGGUUUCUCCUGGAGCCGCAGAAGGCCUCCAGCAGCCUCCAGCUUUGUCCACACUCAACCAGUCUUGCUCAAAGUCCUUGAGCAAGCAGGUCUAGCUUAAAUAAAAAUUAAAAAAAAAAUAAACCAGUUCUGGAAGGAGCACUGAGAAUGGUCAGCCUGUUGCGCAGCCAGCUGAAGAUAAUGAACCAGGUAACUAGGCUAUCAGCCAGCUGAAGAUAAUGAGCCUGGUAACAAGGCUUUCAAUUUCACAGCCUCUUGAUUUGCCUACAUCUCCCCAGCAUUUUCAUGGCAUAGCAGUGAUUUCUCCUGCAGGGGGUUGGGCUAUUUGAACUACAUUUUUGCAUGUGUUGAGGUUUGCUGGGUACAUCACAUGACUAUGCUUCCUUUUCUAACAGUUACAUCCAAGGCUGGAGCAUCAACGGUACAGAAUACAACUCAAGCAUCAUCCCCACCACAGACGCAGGCUUCACAGCCAAAUCCUCAGCCGGUGCAAACAACUCAUUCCUUUCCUUCUGUGACCCCUGACCACAUUGUCCAGACGCCAUUACCAACGCUGGUGCCUCCCCAGCUCCCACCACCACCACCUCCCCAGCCUCCUCCUCCCCCUCCCCCUCCUUCAGCUUCUGUCCCCCAACCCAUUCAAACACACCAACCAAUUAUCCCAACUGCUGCACAGCCCAUGAAGGUGAGUAAAUUACAGCUUUGCUCUUUUGUUUCAUUAUGGCAAGUGACAGUUUUAGAUGAAUAGGUGAAAUGGCUUGCCAAAAGCUAUAUUGAUCCAGGGCAUAUUUCUGCUUAAGGUUCUCUCACUACAUUCUUGCAGAGUUAGGACUUCCCCCCAUUUAAAUUUUGUUUGCCUGUAAUCUUCUACUUCUGAAGGCUAGAGAGCAGGGUUAUAUUAGAAUAUAUGCUGUGCUUGUAGAAGACCCAAGUUCUAUCCUUGGUAUGUCUCCUUUGGGUUGGGAAAGAAUUCUGCAUGAGACCAAUGGGAGUGGUUGAAUCUCAGUGAUAGAGCCCAUCCUUUGCAUUCAGAAGGUUCCAGGUUCAGUUCCUGGUAUCUCUAGGUAGGGCUGGGAAAGACUCUUUUUAAAAAAUUUAAUUUGUUUAAUCAUUUUUUCAAUACAAACAUCAACCGCAAAAGUGACAUACAACAAAAACCAUAAUAACAAUAAUAACACAAUUUGACAAUUCAGAUUUGAAUACAGUGAUAUACCUAUGACUACACCUUUUAAAACAAUAUUUUCCCACCUCUCUCUCCUCCCCCUACUUCCCACCACCAUCCGCCUUAUCGCUUAAAUAUUAGUUCCAGAUUUCUUCAUAUUUAUCCAUUCUUAUUUUGUGUCGACAUGCAAUUUGUUUGUAUGUAGCUAAUCUGUCCAUAUUAUCAAUCAUGUGCUAUAUGAAACCUUUUUGCGGCUCUUCCAAUUCAUCAAAUAAGGUUUUUUGCUUCUAAUAUAGCACGAUACAUCCAUUUAUUUAUUUUUUGACCCCUUGAAAUCUCCCAUGUUUCCAGAAUAUAAUUUAGAAUUAAAUUCAGUUCCUUUAAAUAACAAUUUCUUUUUAUUACUCUUGCUAUAAAUAUCCUCACCUCACACCAAAAUGAUCUUAUCAGGCAGUUAAUCAACAUAUGUACUAAGUUCGCCUUUUUACUCCCACAUCUCCAGCAGUUGUCUGCACUUGUUAUUUUCUUCUGGUAUAGUUUUUCUGGAGUCCAGUGGACUCUGAAUAUUCUUUUCUGUUGAAUAAGUCUUAAUCUUAGAUCCAUAGAGGCCAUUUCUGUUGAUUUUAUACUUGACUCCCAUAUAUCAUUUGUUAUCUGUACCCCUAACUCUUCACUCCACUUUUGUCUUAUCAUAUUCUAAAUCAUAUUUCUUCCUGUUGAGUAGGGUUUUAUAUAGUGCAAGUAUAGAGUUUUUGUUUUCGUUGCAGAGAUUAAAUUUUGUAGUAGCGUGGGUGUUUCCGAUGCUGCUAUUGCAUCAGGGCCAAACUGCCUUUCCAACAUAUGUUUCAAUUGGAUGUUCUGCCAUUGUGUUUCACUGGUUAAUCCAUACUUUACUUGGGAAAAGACUCUUGACAGAAACCCCGGAGAGCCUCUGCCAGACAAUGUGGACAAUUCUUGGCUAGAUUGUCCAAUAGUAUGACUCCUAUGUUCCUAAAUGGAGGCAUGAAUAAUUGUCAGUGCUGGGCUGGAUGAAUCAUUGUACUGACUUGGUAAAAGAGAAAACUUAUAUUAUUAUAUAUCUUUUUCUUAAAGUUGAUUCCCCCUUCCCCCCAAUAAUGUACCCAUGCUGAGAGUCACUUCACAAAUCUCAUUUUACACAAACUAGUAAGCUGCAAUUGGCUGGGCAUUUCUGCUACGUGUGCACAUUCUUAAAAUUGUGUGUUUCCCGUAUAAAGCAUGAAGGAGUCUUGAGCUUUCCCUGGAAAUAAAGUGGUUGAAAUGUCCUCUGCUACCUUCCUAGAACAUCUUUUAAAAAUCUUUGAGAGAAAUGUGUAACUGUGCAGUCUCACUGUCCCAGGUAAGUCAGCUUGAGCUAAGUAAUGCGACACCCAUGAACCAGGUGCAAUAUGUACUCCCUCAGGUGGAAGCCAUGUUUUGUACCAUGAGGAACCAAAAAGCAACAGAGAGAAAAGCAAAAGUGGUGUAAAGUCCGAUUAAUACAGCCACUAGAUGAUGUAUUUGAUGGCUAAAUGUAGACGUUAGUGGUUAGCACAGGUUUUUAUAUUGGUGUGGUCGUUGCAUGGGAAAUUGCCCCUCUUUAGUGUGAUACAGUUUUAGCCUCUCCAGUGCAGAUUCUUAGAUAUUUGAUUCCUAUCAUUGGUCAGGUCAGUACUGAGGUUUGACCCUUGUUUUUCACCUCUCUUUUACAUGGAGCUUGCAAGUGAAAACCAGAUCUUCCUACUACAGAUAACAAUUACAACAUUUCUAAAUGUACUUAUUAGGGAAUAAGCUCUAUUGAGCACAGUAGGACUUACUUCUGAGUAAACUUGGAUAGGAUUGUGGUGAGUGUUUUGUAAAGGUAGAUAUAGGUAACGUGAUUUUUAGACAACUAUGCUUUUCUCAGUUUCAAAACUGGGUAUUCAAAAUUUUCAUCUUGAACAGCACCAUUCCAAACAGCAUUCAAGUGAAAUGAACCUGUAAUGAAUUCAAUUCUCAAAAUGUGAUGUUUUCAUGUCAUCAGUUCAGAAACUCUUAUCAUGUAAACUUAGUACUAUUGGGGAGGAAAUUAAAACAUUCAUUUUAAGUGGGCAGCAUAAGCUGUCUGUUUAAUGUAGCACUUUAGAGUGUUUGCAUUGUUUCACAUGCAUUAUCUAAGUCAGGGGUCCUCUAUGGUCAAAUCCAGCUCGCCUGGGUCCCAAACCCGGCCCACCCGGCCAUUGCAGAACCCGCCUCCGUCUUAAUUUUUCUAGUUCCGACUUCGGGCGCAGCUGGAGGGCCUAGUAAGUGGGGUGCCGCUGGGCAGCAAAGGACGAGUCCUUCCCAAGAGAGAGGGGCUCCAGCAGGGGUUCUUGUUCCUUCCCCGCCCCAGAGACAGGCUCUUCUUGGCGUGCCUUUCCCCCUCUUGCCCCUCUGAAAUCUCUUAGGGGCGGGAAGCAAGAGGCGCGCUGCCCUGGACCCAGCUGCAGCUCCCUUAGUUCCCACUCGCAGGCGCGGCCAGCCUUGAGUCACGUGCAAUUAACGCUUCCCCACGUUCCUCUUGGACUCUGUGUCUCCCUGCCUUGUGAGUGCUAUGGGGGAGGCUCCUCGGAGGCAGUGGACGAAACCCAUCAGCGCACAGGUUUCUCCUUUUGCUGCCCCUCCCGGGCGUUUGUGUGGGAAGAGGUGUGCAUGGACAGACCUGUUCUGUAACAAUCCUGCCUCCUUUGAUUUUCCUGUUUUUUUUGUGCACUACAAAUAAAAUAUGUGCAGUGUGUAUAGGAAUUCGUUCAUAUUUUUUUCAAACUAUAGUCCAGCCUCCAACAGUGUCUGAGGGACAGUGAACUGGCCCCCUGUUUAAAAAGUUUGAACAAGGUAUUACGACCCCCUAAUUACAGAUGAGAAGCAGAGACUACGGUGCAAGUGUGGGGAAUCUUGUUCCGCCCAAGGGCUGCAUUCCUCAUGAGCAAUCUUUUGGGGGCCAUAUGGUGGUGGUGGUAGAUGGGGCCAAGGAAAAGGUGGGCAUAGCAACAGACAUGACUCUAAACUCUGUAUAAUGGGCUGCAUUCCAGCCAAAAGCUUCCACGUACACACAUGUUGUCCUUCCAGGCAAGCAUAGUCCAAGGACAUUCCACACAAAGUCCAGUGAGGAGGCGUGGCCUGGGAAAGUCCCACAGUCCAGAUAGAGAGGCCAGGAGGGCCUUAUGUUCCCCGCACCUCACAUAAUAGCUUAAGGCCACCUAGUGAAUUUAUGGCUAAGACGAAGAUUUGAACCAGGGGCUUCAUGGCACACAGCUACACUGCUGGUCCCCAUAUUUCACUACACUGGAUAUUAAGAUUUUUAUGUGAUUUUUAACUGUUUCUCUUUUUCCCGUAAACUUGAUACUUACGUUGAAUUAUAUACUUGGCCUAACUAUAGUUAAGCAGACAUAUUUUCUAGAAAUCAAAAGUGAGGCAAGGGUUAAGAGCUACCUUUGAGAGACGACUCUGCAUGUUCUUUUCUCUUCGUUUUUCUUAAGCUUUUAUCUUAUUGUAUCAUAAAAAGCUUUAUUAAAAUCUUAUGGGGAAAAGUGAACCUUUUCCAAUGCCAUUUUUGUGGGAAGUGUUUGUGAUGGUGUUUUCCCCUUCUUAUGCGGAGUAUUUACUCAGUUGUGAGGAUUUCACUUGAUCCUAUCUAGCCAAUACAAGUAACAGAAGGCUACAUAGAGUGUCUGCUUGCUUUUGCAGACAAAAAAAGGCGUGAAGAGGAAAGCAGACACUACAACUCCAACAACAAUAGACCCGGUUCAUGAGUCCUCAUCACUGCCCACAGAACCCAAGGCUGCCAAGACAGGUCCACGAAGAGAAAGCCGACCAGUGAAGCCGCCUAAGAAGGAUGUUCCAGACUCUCAGCAGCAUGUAGUAGAGAAGAGUAGCAGUAAUAAAGUGUCAGAGCAAUUAAAAUAUUGUAGUGGCAUCAUAAAAGAGAUGUUUGCUAAGAAGCAUGCUGCCUACGCCUGGCCCUUCUACAAACCUGUGGAUGUGGAAGCACUUGGGCUUCAUGAUUACCGUGAUAUCAUUAAGCAUCCCAUGGAUCUGAGCACAAUUAAAGUAAGUGUAGUUUUAAGCUGUGCAUGUAGUCUUCUCUGAAAGCCAAUACCCACACAUCUAUACACCUUGUAAGUUAUGAAGGAACUGUACCUGUGUUUGCUUGUGCAAGCAUGUGCUUGUUUACUGUGUAACUUUAAAAUGUUGCUAGACUCCCAGCUCCCAUCAUCCCUAACCCUUGGCUUUGCUGGUUGAGACUGACAGGAGUUUGAUUCCAUUAAUAUCUGGAAUGUGAGGGAGUAUCAUCUGUUUAUAUUAUUCUUUGUGGAUAGGGAGGCUUGAUUUCUGAUUUUGUAGUUCCUCUGGUUUAGACAAGUAUUCUUGGCCCUUUUGUCCAGUUACAGUAUUUUCAGCUUAAUUUCCACUAGAAGGGAGGGUUUGAUUUUGGUCGUUGGAUGCAAAAACAACUAUGUAUGCUGGUCUGUGAAAAAUCUAGGUGCAGUUAGAUGCACAAAGCUUGAUCAACCUUGGGAUAUCUACAGAGGCUGCAAAAAAUAGCAGUGAAAGUGACUAGCUUUUCUUCUUCCUCUUCAGCAAGUCCAAAGUACUAUCUUUACUGUGGAGGUGACACUAGCAAGUGAUUACGAAACCAUUGGCGGUUUUCAUCUUUCAGUGAAAGAGCUUCUCCCUAUAGUCAGACUUCUCAGCUUCACCACAAAUAGGUUAUUAAUUUCAUAUCAAUUUCAGUCCCACCAUGAAGGGACUUCUCCUAUUUGUAGCCUUUGCUCAGAGCUAGUAUGCUGCUACCAUAGGACUUUCCAGAACCAGCAGCAAAUGUGCAAGCAAUUGUACUACCAGGGUGGAGCUGGGGGACAGUUUUCUUGGCAGGGAGAGCACAGAUGCUCAGAAGGUGUUCCAGAGUUCACCGUCAAUUAAUAUAUAAAGUCAUGGGGUAGCACAGUGGGAAAGCUAUGUAGUUAGAAAUCAGCAAAAUAGGUUUUGUACACCUGUUAGUGCAGAAAAUAAUGGCAACUUUCUUGAUGGAAUAGAAAAGGGAAAAGUAGAAAGAUGAUUAGGAGAUGAUGCCUCACUAAUGAGUUGAAAGGCUGAAUAGGAUUAAAAGCUGUAUAGGACUCUGAUGACACAUGUUCAGUAUUAAUACAUAAUAAUAAGACUUGCGACAAAAUGUUGCCAUGUAGAAUGCUCCUUUUUAGGGUUCAAGCCAUGCUUUCUAUGAUAUAGCACAACUAUGGUAAAGUAGUCACCAUCCCCAUCUAAUGGGUAUACCACAUUGUCACAUACUCAAAGGGUACGUACCAAGGCAAGUAUGGGUCAAGUCCAAAAGCAGAAACUACAAGUCUGAAUAGCCAUAGGCAUGUAAUGUGAUGAAAUACAGGUAGAUGGUUGGAUUUUAAGCAUUAGAGGGCCAGAAGCAGAAUUAAAUGGUCAAAGCCAGAGAGUCAGUUUCUGAAGGAUAAUAUAGGUGAUGCACAGGAGUUUGUUCUUAGCAGAGUUGCUCAGACUGGAGCCAUACAUAAGGUCCUAUUUAAUACCAGUAGCACCAUUAUUGGCUUCCAAGCUCAGCUAUUUCAUCUGCAGUUUCUCUUUCUGAUGCUAUCAGGGUAACACUGCAGCAACUAAGUUUGACAGUCAUUUCAUCCGUAAGAAUUGGGGGGGGGGGGGGGUUCGUUUUGGUUACUCCACUGACCUUCAUUGGCUGUGCUACUUAUAUAGAAAUUAAUACAGGAAGAAAUUCUUCUGGCUUUUUCUUUGUCAAGUUCAGCUUAGGGCUAUGGAGUUCCUAGUUGGUCACCUUGUCUGUGCCUAAGGCUUUGCUGUGUGGAAGUGGGGAAUGAGGAUGAACUACAGAGAAGUAAACAUUUUCUGUUUUUGUAAACCAGGCUUCUUGUCAGAGCUACAGGUCUGCUUUUAAAAGUAAUUAUUAAGACAGAUUUGAUGUGGAGAGGGGGAAUAAAUUAAUUGAAUCUUGUUAAUAAUUUUGGACAGAAAGGAUAGGUAGGUGGAGGAAUAAAGGGAAAAGAGGAUGGAUUGAUGCAAAAGAGUUUCUUCAUAAGUUAGACUUCCAGGGGGUGGUAGGGACACACCAACAUGGUCAAGAGUGCACUGGCUGGCUGUAUUAAUGUGGCUAUCCCAUAUAUCGGAGACAUUGUGAACCAAAUUUCCCCAAGAUGCCAUGUGUAGUUUUAUUUGUCAAAUAUGCUGCGUUCGUAUCAGGGCUAGUGCAAGAGAUUGCAUCACCCAAGCUGCUGUUGCCCAUUCUCUUCAUUGCUGUGCUGGCUAUAGCACCUCUCCCGCCCCCAUUGGCUUUCUGUCUGUUUGUUUUGCUGCUACUUCAGGAUGUAUUGAUCUGAUAUACAGUGGUACCUCAGGUUACAUACACUUCAGGUUACCUACGCUUCAGGUUACAGACUCCGCUAACCCAGAAAUAGUACCUCGGGUUAAGAACUUUGCUUCAGGAUGAGAACAGAAAUCGUGCUCCAGCAGUGGGAAGCCCCAUUAGCUAAAGUGGUGCUUCAGGUUAAGAACAGUUUCAGGUUAAGAACGGACCUCCGGAACAAAUUAAGUACUUAACCCGAGGUACCACUGUACAGACAUUCACUUGUGAUUACAUUAUGUUGUGGCGCCAACAAGGCUUCCACCUCUUACCUCCUUCCUCCCUGCCUAGUUCUAGGAAGGUCCUGGAGGGAUCCCUACCUCCGAACAAUGAAUCUGAGAUUGGGGUGGGGGACCAUGAAAACACAUGUGGUGCUGCUUAAUGAUACUAAAAAUGGAAUCAGGGAGCUUAAAGUUACUGCAACUCCCUCCAGUCUUAGGCAUUAUUAGCUGCCACCACAAACCAUGGCAGCACAUGUACUUUCGGGGCUACUCUGCCCAAAAUGUUUUGCUCUGAGAGAUGGAACUCCCCCCCCAUUAGUCUUUGCUGGAGGGAGGAGAGAGCUUCAGCGAACAGGCAGCAGCAGGGCCAGCCAAGAGAGGUAAGCAGUGGGCUUCAGGUGGUGUAAUUUGCAGUUGCCUCAGUUUGCCUAAUCACUAAUGGAAGGGCCAACCCAGAUUUUCAUUGACCUUCCCUUAUAGUGGUAACAUCCAUCUUAUUAGCAUAGUAAAGAACUUAACAUGCAGCUGUGGUGCAAGUACUAUUCAAGUAAUCUACUCCUGUAGGUGAGGAAAGAUGAGAUCUUACUCUAUUUCUUAUCCCUAUUUGUUUCUUGCAAUAGCUGCCCCUUCUGGCUGCUGGGAAGAGGCAGUUCUCCUGAGUCUUACACUGUGCUACUCAAUGCAUCUGACCUGCUUUCCAAAGACAGUGAGGAUAUAUAACUAUGGGAUUUUAAAAACUUACCGUAUUACUUAAAAGAUUUCUAUGUUUCUGCAGUAAGAAUGCCAACAUUCUAUGAAUUGCUUUUUAGACUUCUUUCCAGAAUGGGCAAAUACCUUUCAAGGAUCUACUGUGCUAGUGCACAUGUCCUAUAAUAGAUUGCUCCCCACAACAUUGAGUGUUCUGAGAAAUUUCAGAGCAUUGUAAACAGUAGUUUACUGCACACAUCUCUAAAGUAUAACCAUUGCCUGUAAUAAAUCUUGCUGUAGCUUCCUUGUGCAUAUACCCGCAGACAGACACGUGAUAGAAGUGCAAAAUAUUGGUUUCAUUGUUCCAUAUUCUUCAUAUAUUGUAUUUGAAAUAUUAAUGGCAGAAUUUUAUUUUUUUACAUUUGCAGUCGAAACUGGAGAACCGGGAUUAUAGAGAUGCUCAGGAAUUUGCAGCUGAUGUCAGAUUGAUGUUUUCCAAUUGUUACAAGUAUAAUCCUCCUGAUCAUGAGGUGGUUGCUAUGGCACGGAAACUGCAGGUAAAGAAAAUAUUUCUUUAAAAUUAAGUUCUGUAUUAAAAUGUUACUUUUUAAGAGUUCAACAAAAUCUAAUUAUCAGAAGAAAAUGCUGAAAUAUUAAACUAACAUAAAACAUGCAAUUAUAAGCACCAAAUAUAUACAUUACUCUAGGCAAAAAAUAUAUCUGUAAAAUAUGCGUACACCAUUUAUUUUUCAGUAGGGUCUUGGACAUGAGGCCUAGUUUUGAGAAAAGCUCAAAACCUGGUUGACAAACUUUGUGGGGAAAGAGGAGGAAUGUGAUUCUAUUGAGUCUUCUGGCUUGUAUCCACUGAGCAUGGUAUCCUACUGGACUGCCUCUCUGCAUUUGGAACAAGGGAUACCACUGGUGAUUCCACUUUGGGGGAAGUAGUAUCCUAAAGGUGGUUGCCGAGUGGGGAUUAAUGUAUAUAUUGCUUAUUGUAUUUCUCCAGGAUGUAUUCGAGAUGCGUUUUGCUAAAAUGCCAGAUGAGCCUGAAGAACCUGUGAUUCCAGCUUCCUCUCCAGUAGUGGUGCAGCCUCCACCCAAAGUGCCCCCACCUUCAUCCAGUGAUAGCAGCAGUGACAGCUCCUCUGAUAGUGACAGUUCAUCUGAUGAUUCUGAAGAAGAACGAGCUCAGCGGCUAGCAGAGCUCCAGGAACAGGUAGUCUAUUUAUGCCUCUGAAUCUGCAUCACCUUUGGUCCACUUAACUGCAGUUUUCAGGUUUGGAGUAAGGAUCUGUUCAGUUCCCUGUAUACCCAACCAUGUGCAAAGUCUUGGUCUUCUGGCCCACAUUGGAGUUCAUUAUUUUGCAAGCCUGCAACUUGAGACUUCAAAGGAGGAAGAGAACCCAAAGUUCUCAGAUCUGUAGCAGGUGAGAAGGGAGAAAAGUGAACAUAUGUUCUUUAUAGCCAGUUGUCAUGAGCUUUUUAUCCCAGGACUUACAAUUUUACUUAAAAGAAUCAGGCAGAGCUUACUUUCACACAUUCCUCUUGAAUGUACUAUUGAAUUCUAGUGUGAAAAGAGACUGGAAUCACUUUGGGUCUAUAAUUUUUGAGUGGCCUGUUUGACUGAGUCUUCCUCCCAACUUUGGAGCUAGAAAGCUGCUGGGACAAUCUCUGCCCACCUUUCUAGCUUCAAAGUUGAAAGGCAGGAUUGGUUGCUGACUAUGGACAGCACCACACUUUGCUUUGUGAGUGAAAUUGUUGAAGCCUGAGAGUCACACUCUUUGCACUGUUGAUAUGAUGUGAGGAGAGAAGAAGCAUGGGCCAAAGGAGAAUCUUGACCUUCCAUGGCUGUCUUAAUUGCUUUAGCAACUAGAGUUAAACACUUCCUUGUUUCUUCCUUUCCUGCUCAAUAGACAAUAUUGCUCAUGUAGAAUGGGUGAUCUUGAUAACAUUACACACAAAACUCUUCGUAAAAAAAGCAGUUAGAUGGGCACCAAAGUAAGCAGAGGGAUCAGCACCCCCCCCUUUUUUUUUGCAAGGGGAGAUUAAAAUGAAGAGAUCAGAACAAAAUUGUAUUGAUCUUUAUGUCCACUCCUUAGCUUAAAGCAGUGCAUGAGCAGUUGGCUGCCCUGUCCCAGCCACAGCAGAACAAACCAAAGAAGAAGGAGAAAGACAAGAAAGAAAAGAAAAAGGAGAAGCACAAAAAGAAAGAAGAAGUAGAAGAGAAUAAAAAAAAUAAAACCAAGGAUCCACCACCUAAGAAGGUCAAGAAAAAUAAUGGCAGUAACAGUAACUCAAGGUCAGCCUUCUGUGUUCAAAUCUAUAGUUUAUUUGAUUUGUUUGGACUGAAGAACAAGUGUGUUGUCAGGAUUAUGGCAAAACUUCCAAUACUUCAAAUAUCUAAAACCUCUAGUUGAAUUCACAUUAUUUUCAACCAUAUAGUAUUAUGAAAGUAAAACUCUAGUUAUACAGCACUACCAUUUAUUUGAGCUUUCUUGGCUUUUAGGAAAACUAAGUAUGUACAGGAUUUCGUUUUAGCAGAUCCUUUACCUGAUACAAAGGCUUACUUCAGCAGUCUCCAGUUUGCGCUCUAGAUUUUGAGGAGCAAUUGAGGACUUUUUGCAUGUUAGAAAACCUUAGUAUCAGUAAAAUCAUUUCAAGCAGUCCUUGAACAGGCUGCUGUGUUGGGAAAUUGUAAUUAUGAGGCUGUAUCUAACUAAGUUGUGCUUGAGUACACAUUGAAAUUAAUCUACCUAAUUUAGUCAUGUCCAUUAAUUUCUAUGGGCCUAUUUCUGUGGAUCUAUUCUGAGCAUUACAAACAUUGGAUGCAACCCAUGAUUUAUAUUGAUAUAUUUGUUUUAUAUAAGGCCUAUAUUUUAAGAUGCAGAGAUCAUCACUCAGUGAGAAUUGCAUGCCUUUCCGUUUUAGAGUGAAGACAUAAAGUUCUCUAAACUGGCUCCUGGAGUUUUGUCAAAUGUGUGUGUUCACUGUGGAAUAGGACUACGUUUUUUAAAAAAACCAGAAACAAAGUUUAGGUUUAAAUAUAAUUAACAGUUAGCUUUUUAAAGAAAUAAUAAUAAUGUUGAGCUGCCAAAUGCUAUGAGGAGCAGAUGGAAGUAUAGAGAGUAAAUAGGCGUGGAGCAAAUUCUGUCCCACUGAGUGGUUCUUUUGGGUCUCUGUGCAGUCCCACUCAUGGGGUUUUGCACCUGCACAGAGCCCACUCCAGGAACAUUCUGGACCUCAAGGCAGGGAGCUGGCAUAAAUGCCAGUCUGGAUAUCUAUCAGGUGAUGACCUAAUUUCUAUACUAAGUUUAAGUCAUCUCCUUAAUGUGCUGUGGCACCUUCAAGAGUGUAGUCUCUAUUGCAUAUAUAGCACAUCAUUAUCUAUGCUAUUCCUCCCUUACCCACUUUCAUAACAAACUAAAAUUGUAUUUGCAUUCUGCAAAUACGAGUUGCUCCCCUGUGAUUUUCUUCUUCUUUUGCUAUAUGUCAUUUUAUAUGUACUGUUAUUUUGCUGAAACAGUAAUACUUUGCAUUUAUAUAGCCCCCUUAGUAUUCAGUGAUUUUCAUAUAUAUUAUCUUGGUAAUCCUUACAUUAACUCUGGAACUCUGGUCAUUAUUGUUUCCAAAUUGCAAGUGGGUUGAGGGUAUGAGAUGAUGGCUUGUCUAAGGCCACCUAGUAAGGCUUAUAUGACUAAGGUAAGAUUUGAACUGUAAAGUUAUUGACUUUCAUCUUAGAUUAUUAGGCAUUUGACUAUACCAGAUUUCAGAAUGUAGUAGACAAUGCUAACAAAUUGCAAACAUAAUCAACAACACACUUUAGAAUAGCAUUUUGCUGUCUGUCUAAAAUCAUUGUUUUGUAAAAUAAUGCAUUAAUAAUUGUUCUUUAAGUAGUAAGAAGGAGCCUGUGACUCUGAAGAACACCAAGCCACCUCCUGCUUAUGAGUCUGAGGAGGAGGAGAAAUGUAAACCAAUGUCUUACGAAGAAAAGAGACAGUUGAGUCUGGACAUUAACAAACUCCCUGGCGAAAAACUAGGCCGGGUUGUCCAUAUCAUCCAGUCAAGAGAACCCACGCUGAAAAACUCCAAUCCUGAUGAGAUUGAAAUUGACUUUGAGACAUUAAAGGCGUCCACAUUGCGGGAGCUGGAAAGAUAUGUAACAUCUUGUUUACGGAAAAAGAGGAAACCUCAAGGUACCUUUCAAGCUCAGAGCAGUUGUGUUACAUUCCAGCGCUGUGUAUUAAAUCUCUUUCCACUGUAUAGAGAGAUGGGGGAACGUAUUAGUAUUCAGGCACUAUAAACUCAUGCAAGGAAAAAGCAUCCCUCAUUCAGGAAUUGCAGCCAUUCCAGCAAAUGAUGGAUUAGAUUAAUAAUAAAGAACAGAUCUAUUAGAUGUUAUCACUGAACUUUCUUGAUGGCCUAUGAUACAGGCCAUUGAAUCAUAGUGUUCCUCAGUUUAUAACUAUAUUACAAAUAUUUAUAACUAUAUUACAAAUCUCUUCAAACAGCUAUAAAAACAUACCAUAUUUCUGUUUUAUGCCAUUGUAGCCUAUUUUAACUGUUUUGUAAAACUUAUGAAUGUUCUAUUUAUUAUGAAACUGUUCACCACAACCAGACACAAAAACUUUUUUUAGUUGCAGAUAAUAUUUCUAAGACCAUAGGUUGGUAUCUUAUAAAGCAAUGAACCAAGGCUCUAUGAUACUUCUCCAUUGCUGGAAAUUAUUACAAGUUUUUGUAUUCAUAAUUGACUAUUUUCGCAUACACAUUAUUCAAAGGAAGGGCAAACUUUCUAAAAGAGGUGCACAGCAGAAAAUAAAUGCAUUUUGAAGUAGUUAUUACUAUUUGAGAAAUCUGACAGUUUUUAAAAGGUUUCCCUUUUUGCAUCUAGAGUCCCAUUAAUUCUGCGUUGUUUUUAAAGGACUAUAUAACAAGGCAAACUUUUCUUCUACAUGUUUUAUGUUGAAGCCUUGGAAAGAAAAAGGACAGCAUGGCAGCACAUUCUCCCUGCCCUUUUGAAACUAUUGCUUCAUUUAGCCCAGUUAAAAACGUAUCAGUAUGCACAAAUCUUCCACAGGGAAAAGAGUAGCAAGGCCAUAGUGUUUAAGGGGAAUACUGCAUAGCACAAGAAUGGGUUCUGGAUUAUAUUCUUAUCCAAUGACAAUAUUGUGCUAUUAUCUUGUUGCAGCAGAGAAAGUGGAUGUAAUUGCUGGUUCCUCUAAAAUGAAGGGGUUCUCCUCCUCAGAGUCUGAGAGCACCAGUGAGUCCAGCUCCUCCGACAGUGAAGAUUCAGAAACAGGUUAGAUGCAGAUUAUUUAUAGACUCAGUCCUAUACCUGUUUCCUGUAUAAAUAAAUAUGUUUUUAGUAUGGCUUCGUCUUCUUAAUUUUUUUUAUUUUUUAUUUGGUCUUUGUAAAGCAGUAUAUACAGUAUAUUUUCUGUAUACGAAGCUUACCCAGUUUGGAUCCAACAUUAUAAAGAGGGUAUCACAUCUGAUUGCUUCAAAAUGCACUGAACAAUGCUUUAUUAAUUUAGGAUGGCAGAGCCACUUUAUAAUUCGUGCUACGGUACCAUUUUAUGUGUCUGAUGGUUCAGAUUCACAGCUUUAAAAAAAGAAUAUUUUCUAAACUGGCUUCUCAUCUAAUAGAGAGUAAGAUACACUUUUAUUAGUGAACGUUCAGUCAACUUGCCAGAAGGUAGCUACAGUGUAUGAUCGUGUAUUGGAAAGAUGGCAUUGAGAAGUUAUUGGAAAAAACAGACUGAAUGCAGGGCAACCAUCGUACUGAAAAGCUUUGUUAUUUCUGAUUAACAUUGCCUCAGUAUAUUUUUGCUGUUAACUUUGAGAGCUCUUACAGGUUUCAUUUGAUACUCCUCAUGUGACCCUAAAGUUUUUUGUUUUUGUUUUUUUUAUUUGAAUGAUGCACUUAGUUUCGUGCUAACAAUCAAUAUUUUAAAAUUAAUAAGUAUGGCAGAAUAAAAUUCUGUUUACUCUUUGCAUUAGACCUGCAGUUCUCACAUGAACUGCAAAAGCAUUUUACAGUAAGUUCUUCAAAGAUUGACUUACCUUAAGGUUUUAUUCAUCAUAGGCUGGAUCCAGACUUUGGAUUCAGCAGUGGGUUCCUUCUGGUGGAGAGCAGGGAGGUGAUUUUUGUCAAUUACAUCCUUCUCACUGUAAUCCCCAAUGCCACUUGCCUGUGGAAUUGUGUGAGAUGUGGUGCUGGGGACUGCAGGGGAAGGUGUAAUCAUAUUUUAGGAUAGGCUUGCACAUUAGUGUGCUGAGGGUGGGUGGGGAAAAAUUGACAUUUUCAAUUAGUAUAAGCAGUAAUAGUUUCACUCACCUUUUCCUAUGUUUAAAAUGGUAAAUUGUGUUCAACUGAAGUUCUAGAAGACACUGUUCUGUGUCGCAAAAGGAGCCUCUAUAGUCUGCAAGAGGCCCAUUCCUAGUAUCUAUAUACAUAUGUGAAAAGGCUCUUGAGUUUGUUUAGAGAUGGAUGAUGGAUGAUGAUGAUGAUGAUGAUGAUGAUUCCUAGGGUGUUUUCCCCCCAUGUUGGCAGGAAUGAUAGGAAUUUGGCUAUGCAGAUAAUAGGACAGCCAGAUGCAAAAGAGGACAAAGGCUCCUUCCUGCUCCUUUUUAACAACUGCAUAGAAGGAAUUUUAGUUGGUGUACCUUAUCAUGCAAUCUACACCUGCAGAACUUCUCUCUUCUGCAAAACUAUUAAAGGUGCAUGAGCUGUAUUCUCUCUUGCAUCUGGUUGCCCUAGCAGGUACUUUUCAGAAGAUGCUUUUAAAUUAAAAAUUAAUUUCAGAUUUAUUUGAUCUUCCAUGUUUUGUUUUUUACUCUGUUCCUUGGACUGUCUUGAAUUUCAAUAGCAAGCUUCUUUAAAUGGCAAUUAGACUAGGUUUUCAGUGAAACAAAAAAGCUCUACCAGUUUAUAUGUGAGCAAGGUAUUUUACAGUAUAAGUUUGAUUAAAUACUUUAUUUGUAUUGUUCUUAAAACAUAAAUUUAUAUGAUUUAAAUGCUUUUCUUCAUAUUGAUCAGAAAUUGGUACUAGGAGACGUUCUCCAGCUCUUGAUCAACCCUAAAACAAAGGUCCCUGACUGGUAGAAGAAAAAGGUCUCAUUUUAACUUGUACAGUUUGUUUUCUCAAAGCAAGUUUGAUCUCAUUAGAGUGAAUUUAACUUAAGAAUUCUCAGCGUUCAUAGUAGACAUAAGAGUAAAUUGAGGUUUUCCCCAGAACAUUGAUUUUAAUGCUUUAAAAAACAAAAACGAGAGGCAGAAAUCUUGGUCUUCCUUUUACUAUCAGGUCACAAACCUUGCUAGCAAUGCUUGUAUACAAGAAUGUAUUUAGUUAUCCAAUCUGAAUGAUAUUUAUGCCUACCCAGCUGCCUAAUAAGCAUAAUAUAUAUGAAUGACUCAGAAAAGAGUGGCACAUUCCUGCUUUUCUCUCACCAGUUGUUAGAUAAUGCUUAUAAAAACAAGUGGCAUAAACUCUUUUAAUUUAAAAAACAGUUUGGGAAUCUGGUGAAAGCAUUUCGAAAAGCAUCUAUCUGUGAUGUAUACUUGGUAUUUUCCCUCUGGGAGUCCCUUUUAAAAAAUCAUUGCAAAAUUCCUGUUGCUUUUUAAACUCGGGGGAUGUUAAAAAGUUUGGUGUUCUCUUGGACAAGUGCCAAGAAGAGGUGGGUAUGUGCAGGUGCUACAGAUAUCAUGACCAAAGCAGGCAGUAAAAAGAGGAACUUCUCCACAGUGGACAUUCCAUCCUAGAUACAUCUUCCCCGUUUUUAUUUAUUUGCAACAUAUUGACUCACUGUGUUGGUUGUUUUAAUCUGCUAUGGGUUGUUUUUUAUAAGCAACCUUCAAGAUGACUUUAGUGUGGGGGGCAGGGUUAUCCUGGGAUGCCUCCAGUGUAUUAUAUAAUAUUUUAAUUCUGCCUGUUUUUAUACCUGUUUUAGUUAAUAACAUUAACCAUGCCUGAGGUAAUAGAGUUCUACGUAUGGGGAAACUGUCGUACGUUUAAAAGUUUCAGACCGUAUACCAAUUUCACAUUAAAAUUUUGUAGCGCAAGGUUAUUUCAGAAGUAACAUCUGAUUUUGAGGUUGAAGUCCACUUUAGGGGAUUUAAGUUUAGUUUUGUAAUGCAUUGAUUGCCCAUACAUGUUCUUUGUGCAUGUUUGGUUAUACGCAAUGUGUCAUGUACUGAGUAUAAAAAGGAAGUGUGGAUUGUGUCCAAUUAAAUCAUUGCACAUACAGUAUGACUUCUGUGACUACAAGUGAACCCGCCCACCCCCCAGCACUCCCAGUCAGCUCCAGGAGUUCCCCUGGGCCUUCAGAGCAGAUUGGGAGGAGGGGAGGAGAGGGAAGGGAAGUUCCAUUAUUUUCAUGGAAGUCAUUCUGCGUGUGCAGUGAUUUAGUUGCAUAUAACCCAUUGAUUUCUUCCACAAUCAUCCAAAUCAAUAGAGCACUUUAUACUUGGGGAGGGAAAGGGAUUUAAAGUGUUGGGGAAUCCCUGUUGCACAGAAAAAUCAUAUAAGCCACAGGAAACAAUUUUAUCUAGUGGCAUCAAUUAGCCAUCAUUCAUAUAGGUGAAUCCAACUGAACUCAUUUGGGAUUUUUGCUGCAUUAGAAAGGUUCAAAGAGUCUAAUAAUAAGAUAGAUAUUUCUUACCAAUAUUUGAAUUGUUUUAAACUUUUACUUAUAAGGCUUGUUAAUUCUAUCCAACAGUGUUGCUCUGAUGACAGUGUCUGUCAGCAGAUUAGGAAGGGGAGCAAUGUUCAUCAAUUCUCCUUCCUUCUCUGCUGAUCCUCUCUUCUGUCCAAAGGAUUUCCCAACCCUCUGGGGCAGGUUUUGGGAAGGCACUUGCAGGGAUGGAUCCAGAGUGUCCCAUCCGCAGAAAGAACUGAGUGGGGAGGAGGCAGCUUAUGCUGAUUCCUCCAUCAGCCCCUGCCUCACCUCCUGUGCUGUUCUGGUAACGCUGUGGAGCAGCAAUUUGCAAAACUUGCUCCACGCCCAGAGGGAGUGUACCAUGAAUAGAACUCCACUCACAGGAACUCUAGGUCCCAUAAAAUAUGUAUGGUUUUAAAUCAGAUAUAAAACAAGGCAAUAUUACCUUGGGUUUGAUUGUUGUAAAUUGCUUGUAGAGGUAUCUUAACCUCUUGAUCUGUGCUGCUGGUGACAGUUAGAUGCCCAUCUGUUGACCUUGCUGUCUCUACCCAUGGAAAACUUAGCAAGUGGAAAGCUAGCACAGCGGUGGCCUCACUGGCGGUAGAAAGCAUACGGCCCUGAAAUGGGGGGGGGGGGGAGCAGAGUUGGCCAUGGAUCUGCUUAGAUUCAAAGCUGCUUCAUUUCUCUGAGAGGGACCUCGUCUAGGCCCCUUACCUAAAUCAUUCUGGAGCUGGCAUUACUAACCCCUCAUUAUCAAAACAGGGCUAUUGAAAUAAUUAAAGCACUUUCAAUUUUAGCUGGACUUUGAUAUGUUAAUGCUUUUUUAUUUUUAGUGAAUUCUUCUUUCUUCUUUUGUCUUGACUUGCAAGCAAUAGACUCUUGUUACAUGAGCCUAGUUCUCAAGACCCAGCAGGUGAGGAUCUAAGAGCAGGUUCAGACUUCAGGUGAAGCGUAGAUUCAGUUGUGAAUUCACCCCAUGUGUUGUAAGUGGUCUCAGUCCACAAGAGAAGCAAACUUAACUAUGAGGUACUCCAUCAUAGUUUAGACUAGUGCUUAUCUGAACCUGAGGAGGAAGAAGAAAGAGGAUUGUAUCCAAGUAAACUCUACUGAGAGUAGAGCUACUGAAAUGAUUAGAUCUAAGUUAGUAUGAACUUAGUUGGCUGCAACCCAGAGUUUCUCCUGUCCUUGUAAUUAGAGUAUGUUCUUACUUGAAUGAGCCUUCAGUGUUCUUCAGUAGCAUUUGAUAUCUUGGAAUAAAUUAGAGCACCUUCACCAAAUGAAUUUACAGUAAUACUUUCAGUAUGACCCCAUCUGACAGCUUUCUCGAAAUUGCUUUUUAAUUCUAGAACCUGUGCUACAGGAAAUGAGAAACAUUUCCAGUUAAAUAUGUUGAACUGUGAAAUUUUCAACAACAGAUAAACUUCCAAAUGUCAUGCAUUGUGGCUGGCUAAAUCUUAGCAUAUGGUAGACAAGUAUCUUUUUGCAGUUUGCUUCUUUCUCAUCAAGCUGCCUUUGAUUUGGAUUGAGUACAAUAUUAGUCCCUUUUACUGGUUGUCAUGUAGCUUGUGGUCUGUUGCAGACUUUUUUCUGUGUCUGAACUCAUGUGACUCCAGUUUCUUACAUACAUUUAUGACCUCUCAGCAUGUUACUUAAGAGUUAUCUAGGCUGAUGGAGACCUUUGCAAAAAAAUUUAGAUCCCUGUUUUGGUUUAUACCCACAGAGUUGUUUGUUACAUGAGAAGCCUCUUCUAUGAGUAAACAUUCUUAUAUGCUAUGACCAUGAUCUAGAGGUAUGUGCGCACCAGAGUUUUCUUGUCUGUUUCCCUUCCAACAGCUCCUUCUACUGAACCUCCUCCAAACUACUUUUUUAAAACCUCUUCCAAUUUUAAAAAGCAGUUUAGUGGUUUGGCAUGAAAGCUGCUGAAGGAUUGGCUUCACUGGAUGACAGCCAAUAUAAAUCGGGUUGUCUGGUUUCAUUCUGAAUUGCCCCACUUUGAUCAUACCUCUCCUAGUAGUAGGAAGGUGGAAGCUCUCUUUUCAUGCUGCAGGUUGGAGUAGGCUAGUAACCCUCAUUUAGGAGGAGUGAUAUUUCACGUAGGAAAUCCUCCUUUAAAAAGAAAAGGUGUUUAAUGUUCGUUUGCUGCUGCAAAGCUUCACAGGUCUUUGUUGCAUCUACAGAGCUUCUAUGUGAAAAAGGAUUCGCUAUUCUGAUCCAUAUCAGGUACAGCUCUGCACAUGUUCUGUGGAAGCCCAUCUACAUGGGAGCUCUGUUUGAUAAGCAGCUGCUGGAUUGUCUUCAAGAUUAUAACAUAACCAUUAAGUGUAUUUAAUUUCAACAAGGGUACUUUAUACUUACUGUCCUCUAUACUUUCCCCCUACAAACCAGAAUUUAUUAAUUCUUAGAAACUAAGCACCAGCAUUAUAAAUAGUUGCAUCAAAAGUAUAUUUUCAGUAUGGUUGCAUAUAUGCAUACCUGAAGGCAGAACAAACAAUAUCUAAAAUUUUAAUCUUUUUUGUACUAAUGACUUGUAAUAGAAUUAUUCAGUGUACAUACUGUCAAUGGCAAGAAACACUAUGUAUAAAGUUGAUCUAAUCUAAGCUUUUAGGAUUAGGGAGGCUACAUAUUGAAAUGAUUGCCUUUGUGCAUACAACACUACAGCACAGUGCUUUCUAACAUUUCAGUAAAGGUUCUUCAUUUAUAAAAACUAUUCAGGGCUUUUGAAAUAUAUUGUCUUUAUUAGUAUUGUUAAAUUGUUUUUUCGAUUUUGCAUUUGUUUCUGUCAUUUGUUUUUUAAUUUUUCUGAAGGGAUAGAUAUGAUAAAGGCUUGAUUUUUUUUAUUGGAAUGUAUAAAUGCAUGUUUUUAGCAAAGCUGUAAUUCUGCUUUCCCUUAUGCACAAGUGUGAACUGUUCAAAGUGCAUUUGAUAACGAAUUGACUGUCUGCUGUCAUUUUUAUUCAGCUGUUCAGUUAUUUUACCUUUACAAAUAAUAAUUUAUCAGUAAUUUAUAUAAUCUGUUUUUCUAUUUUAUCUGCAUGCUUAUGAUUUAACAAUGAUGUAAUCACAAUAAUUUUAAAAUAAGUUGUAUAGUAUCUCUAUUUUUGUUCUAAAAUAAUAAAAAUAAAUAAAGAAUUUGGUUUGCUACAGAAAAUGUACCUGUUGUAAGAUAACUAAAAUUGUAGUUUUUAACCUGUCAUUUCAAAAUGGGGAAAAUUACUUUUCACAUUCUAUACUAGUACCAGUCACUGUUGCUACUUCUCCUAAGGAAAUCAAAUAAACAUAUUAGAUGACAUAUAAACUAGUUGGACCUUGAUGCUUUUGAGAAAGCACUCACUAGCUUACCUGGAAAAUAAAACAACUUUUCUUUUCUUUUUUUUUUAACACACCAGGCUUAUUUUACUGAAAAUCCCUUGUAGGAUCUGAUGACCAAAAUAGGACCUUCUCAAUGAACUCUGAUUUUCAUUCUGCGGGACUGAAAAGUGCAAAUGCCAAAGCCUCUCCAAACUACUCUGUGCAUGUGUGAAAGACACUUCUGCACACACAAGGCAGGAAGUUUGACCAUUUUUCUACCUGCCCUACAAACUUUGGGGCCCCCUGAAAGCUAUUCCAGAGGGUCCACCAGCCUUUGGGUGGAGCCCUUCAGCUUGUAUGGGAGCUGCCACUGGAACAGGGGAGAAGAUAAGCCCCCUUAGCACAAGCAGAAGCAACCUUGUGAUACUUGGAAUGCUGGCCAAGGUCUAUAGAGGAAGUUAAUCAGGUUUUGUAUACAUGUGGGAAGUGGGGCUUUUGAAUUACUUUAUGGUCAUUCUAACAGUUUUAAAUAAGCUGAAAACUGCAUUAAAAUCCAGAAAGUGCAGUUCAUAAAGUCUAUGUUGUGUUUGGAUGUUUUUGUAUUAUUUAAAAUUAAGCAUUAUCUUACCUAGACAAGUGUGCUGUUAUCAAAACAUUUUAAUAACUAUUCCAGUUGAAACAAACAAAGAAAACCUUCACUUCUGCCUCUGCUUGUUCCUUAUUUUGAAUAGUGAAAUGCUGAUGGUGCUACUUGAUGAUCCAGCUUCUUCUCACCUAUGUGACAGUGAACAUCAUAGUAUCUUGUGCACAAAUUCAUUAGUUUGUCACACAUUUGUGUAAUUCUAGUGAAGGGUGUACUAAAUAUUUAAAUCACAGCAUGAAACACUGACACAUAAAGUACCCAUUAGACCCCCCAAAAGAAAGCUGCAUUUCAGGAAUAGACAGCUGUCAAGUCACCAAGUGAUCAGGCUCAAAUGAUGCCAGAAAUAAUUUAAAUAGCCAUGUCAGUUUUUUCAGGUUGCUUAAGUUGAAUGCUUGCCCUUAACAAUUCCCUUCUCCCCCACCCCCUUCAUAUUGUUUACACACACAGCUAAAUUGUAUGGGAGUUGCAGAGUAUGGGACCAAGAAAAUAAAGCACAAAGUAUAUGCAGCUCAUAGCUUUGUAUAUUUAGACGUUAACUCUGCUUUAUCAAACUAAGUUAUAUUUUCCAUAUAAAAAUAACCUCCCACUUUACAGGAAUUAAAUUGUCUGACCUGACAAUUCAUUUAAAUAAUGCCCUCAUGCAAAAAUGUAUCAAAACCACUCUGAGGCCUAAUUCAUACAUUAUCUCAGGAGUAUGUAUGCGGCCAAAAAUAAUGUCAUUUGAGUUUUCAUGCAGUUGCAAAGUUAAAGCAUAAAUAAAUAAAAACCUAUGUCAGUACAGCGGCAGAUAUUUAUCAUGUAAUCUUCUCAUCUAGAAAAGUGCUAUCUACAAGCCCAUAAAGCUUUGGACACAGUAAACUGACUUAACAGCAACCAUAUUGCCGAAAUAACAUUUGAAAUUAGUUUUAGAAGUAUCUUACAAUGGUGCAGUUAGUUGGAGUAUAAUAUAGAUAGAUGAGUGCAGUCAGCUCAAUGUACAAAAAUAUGCUGUGAAAAUUUCAUUAUGACAGGCUUGUCAUUGACUAAAAAGCUAUUUAAAAAAUCCAAGGUGGAUUUCUGAGAAACUGAGCACUGAACAAUAUUUGCAAGCCAGGUUCAAUGGAUACCCCAACAAGGAUUCUAGGUGGAUUUGACAGUGUGUUAGACCUGUGAUGUUAUGGUAACUCCUAGGGCGAUAAAAAAAGGCUGCUUCCUUACAGAAGCACCAUAUUGUCUAUUCAGCUACAUUUACACACGCUCAAUUCUGAAGGCCCAGGUCUUUUAAAUUAAGGGCUGGAAAAUCCUUGCUCCUGGUAUGGGCUGUGUUUGCAAGCUUCACACAUGCAUCCAGGCUUUCUCCAUUGGAGCCCUUGGAAGCAGCUACCUGUGUGGUUUGCAUACUCAGGAAAGGUUUUUAAAUUAUUUCCUUAACUCAAUCAUUGAUUAGCUCGUUCUUAUAAGGAAGCUGAUAUUGCCACAGACAACUAUAGAGAGAUGUAAGCACAAAUACAAACACAAGACAUCAGCAUCAAAACCAUAGCUAUUUUGCCCCUUUUAGUCAGCUAACAAUUCCUCAUUUAUUAAAAUGAAAUCCCAAUAUUUAUAGUUCUUGUUAGAAAUAGAAUAUUGUCUAAUAAUGGCACAAGAGGCCAGUGUUUUGCAACAGAUCACACAUUUUCAUAUAGGCAUGUGUGCAUCAUUUACCCUUUAUUCUAUCUGCUCCGUAGCAGUGUGUAGCAUGUGCUUUUUAGACCGUACUAAGCACUGAGAUGUUACUGAUAAACUGAAAACUUGACAUAGCACUGUCCAGUUUCUUAAACAUCUUUACUCUCAAGGUGUCACUUUUAAAAAAGAAUUAUAGUAGCUAACGUGAUCUGUAGCUGCUGCCAACAAGCUGUCUUCUAGGGGUGGUUCUACCUAUUUUUCAUACUAUUCACAUUCUAACCUACAUCAAAGAGCCGCUGACGGCUAAGUUAAUUGCCUCACGGGUAAUUUGGCCAAUAAACUGCUUUCCCCAUUUCACAGGAAUGCUCUAAAUCAUUAAAUUGCAACAUGGAAUUUCCCUCAAAUUAUGGUUGCAUGGAAAGUAGAAAUCAGUAGCUGGCACAGUAAAGGUCUUUCUGUAAUAAAACAUUGGAUACUUAGAAACCUUUUGGAUCCUUGUAACCAAGUAGGGAAAGCUGAACAAGUUCCACUAACUGCUUUUUCCCCAAGAGAAUAAAGGGCCUGGUGGUAAACUUGUAGUUUUCCCCCCAAGAAGGAUAAUAUUGGUGCAACUGAUAAUAGUGGUAGAAUAUUGAUAAGAAUGUGAUACUUGUUGCUAUUAGUGGGGAAGGCUAUGUGGUUCUGUUUUAAGAGCAGUAAAGGGGUACUUCAUAUGCUGUCUUUAUUAGGCUGUGGCUGGUGACAAGUUUUGAAAGGCACCUUAAUUUUCCAGAGUUGUAGCCAACAAAGUCCCAUUAGCACAAGGAUUUCCAUCUGCCCAGUGAGACUUGCUCUCCCCACAACACACCCCAAAUCUGCUCUAUAGAGUUGGGGGGAACUUCCAGAACAGGUUGUGGGUGUGAGGAGAAGGGGAGAAAGUCUUGUUGCUCAGGCAGAGGUCCUUGUGCUAUAGGACAACUUACUCUUUCCCAGAUGGUGCGCUGUAUCUAACUCUGACCUGUUCUUUAAGUUGGUAGAUCUGAGCCAACUUCCUUUCAACAGAGACUGUUUGGGCUUUUUAUAGAGACUAGGAAAACACUUUCCUUCACUGAAGUACCUACUACAGUUGUCUUUGUCCAGUUGUACACAUGUGUGUCAUAAGAAAGUCUCUCACACACUCACCUGCACCCCACUGCCAGCAUGCGAGGUUGAUGGUUACCUUAGCUUUCUAUUUUUUCUGAGAUAGCCUUAAGUACCAAAAAGCCAUCAAGCUGAAAAAGGCAGAGCAUGGUCUUCAUGUGAGGACCUUUCUGUAGCAAGUUUACUAUGUAAUGCAAAGCUUAACCGAAUGUUGUAGUAAAAAUCCUAGAGCAAACUGUUGCUCCGAGGCUACCUAGGAAACAAGCCUACAUGGGAUGGUAAUGGCAGUUAAUUCAAUACAGUGGUACCUCAGGUUAUAUACGCUUCAGGUUACAUACGCUUCAGGUUACAGACUCUGCUAACCCAGAAAUAGUACCUCGGGUUAAGAACUUUGCUUCAGGAUAAGAGCAGAAAUCGUGCUCUGGCAGCAGCAGGAGGCCCCAUUAGCUAAAGUGGUGCUUCAGGUUAAGAACAGUUUCAGGUUAAGAACAGACCUCUGGAAUGAAUGAAGUACUUAACCCGAGGUACCACUGUACAAUAGUGAAGUGGAAUAGGUGUGGCUGCGUUGCUCUCUUGGCUUCCCAAUGCCAGUUGCUGAGAGGGGCAGGACAGCAGUGAGCCUACAGCAUACCAAGCUCCCCAUUCCCUUGCCCCUCAUCUCUUGGUAAUUGGCAGUGAUGUGCAGCACUGGGAAGCCAGGAGAGUAAUACAGCCCCACCCAUACCCCUGGCCACAGCUGAUUCAGCUGCUGCUAUUAUUUAGUAUUGAAAGUACAGAGGAAAGCUGUAGUAAAAUUUAUGCAGGCAACUUGAGUUGUUGGAGGAAGAUGCUCACAAAAGUGAAUUGCUAAGCCCAGGGGUUGCUUUCUUUCUCCUGAAUCUUUGACUCAACAGCUUGCAUUGGUUGUAAUGGCAUCUUUGUAAAAUAGAAGUGGUUAAUUCGUUGGGCUUGUUCUAGGCAUGUAAAGGGAUAAAGAACAUUUUUCUCUAUGCACAUACAUAUGGGAGGGGGGGAAUCAGGCAGUUUUCGAUGGAUUCCAAAAAUGACUUUUGCGCCUUUUGAUUUGAAUUUCAUAGUCAUAAAAUAACUUAUAUUAAAGAGCAUUACAUAUAAACAAUGUUAUGAAAAAGCACUGUAAUUCUCUGUUGUUCUUUCCCCCCAGAAAUGCCUCCAAAACUUAAGAAAAAAGGACAUUCUGGACGAGAACAGAAGAAGGUACAUUGUUGUAUAGGGGAAGAUACUUUAAUGUUUCUCUGCUUGACAUUAUGUUAAUUUAUCACAAAGAAGCCCACUCCACGUCCAAGUGAAUGGGCAAAGCUUUGCUCAUUUCAGCUCCCUAGACCUGUCUCACAUGGGAAGGCAAUACAGGCUAUGGAAUCCUGCAAUACAGAAUAUGGAGCCAGUAAGAUUCAUUCAUCUAGGCCCCUAGCAUUAAUCAAAGUUUGGAAUUUGUGAAAGAUAGGGUCCAGAAUGGACAAGGAAUUAUCACUGGAUCCAGCUCUCCGGUUUCCUCAGAGGCUUAAUGUUUUUUCCCAGUUGAAGAAGUAAGUGUUUGAUGAUUGAGGAAGUGCAGCUCAAACAAGAGAGGCUGUUAUAAAAGAUUUUUAAAUUGCCUUUUGAAGAUUUUUUUACUGAAAUUCUUAGUAUUUCAGUUAGUUCCGUUAAUAAGUACAGUUUGGGAGCAAGAAGCUAAGUACUGAACUUACCUUGCUCUUUGCGCAGUGCUAUCUUUCCUGGCAGAAUACUUUUAUAAAUUUGCUGAUUGCUGAAGCUAGCAUUGAGUAUGGGGCUGGGGCAACACUAAACUUCAAAAAAAUACAGUGGGUUUUGUUUUUUUCUAAAAGAUUAUUUUAUUUGGUUGCAUAUUUAUCUUCCUAAGGCUCUGUGGUCUGCUAUACUCUUAUUAAGGCACACACUUCGCACAAGUGCAUGUACGAAGUUUCAGCAACCAGUUUUUGUAGAAGCAAGCAACUUUGGGAGAAGAUGUUUUUAUGUGGAGAAUUGUCAUGGGAAAGCUAACACAUUUCCCACAGUUUUUCCACUGCAGCUCCCCUUCUCCACGCUGUUUUUCUCCAUCCUAGCGAUUCAGUUGAGUGAAUGCUGGCAAGGAGAAACUAGGGACAGGGCGGUCUAAUGAAAAGGGUAGUAGCACUCCCUUCCCAUUGUUUCCCAUGCAGAAAACUUGAUUGUAUACUCUGUUUCUUUCCUGCAGCAUCACCAUCACCACCAUCAGCAGACUCAGCAGCAGCAGCAACAGCCACAGUUGCAACCACAGCAGCUGCCCCCACCACCUCCUUCAGCCCCUCAACAAGCAGCCCCUCCAGUGAAAUCCUCUCCUCCAGCUUUUGUUCCAGUGCAGAUCCCAGUUAUGGAGCAUCCGCUCCCAGGGAAUAUGUUUGACACUAUUUCACAUUUCACUCAACCGAUUAUACACCUUCCUCAGCCAGAAAUGCCGCCCCAUCUCCCUCAGCAGCCUGAGCACAGCACUCCUCCUCACUUGAAUCAGCAUACAGUAGUGUCUCCUCCAGGUGAGUGCUGUUUCUUGGAUGUAUCACAAUGUGCACUGUAGUUUUUUAAGUUCCUCAUAGGACAUUGUGGACAUUUGAGCAAUAUUGCAGCCCAAGGGAGUACAAAUCAAGGGGAAGUUUCUCUUGAAAUCAGAGGGCUAUUUUAGACAUAACGUUCCUAGUUUGAUAAACCAUGGGGUUGUAUCCAGUGAAAUCAUUCAGUACGUUUCCGAGCACAAUUCAAAGUGUUGGUGCUGACCUUUAAAGCCCUAAAUGGCCUUGGCCCAGAAUACCUGAAGGAGCGUCUCCACCCGCAUUGUUCAGCCUGGACACUGAGGUCCAGCUCCGAGGGCCUUCUCGGUAGUGGCGCCCACCCUGUGAAAUGCCCUCCCUUCAGAUGUCAAGGAGAUAAAUAAUUACACAAAUUUCAGAAGACAUCUGAAGGCAUCCCUGUAUCAGGAGGUUUUAGCACUUGAUGUUUUAUGUUUUUAGAUAUGCGGUAAGCCACCCAGAGUGUGUGUGAUCAGUGUGUGAAGGGGAGGAGGCAUGGGAUGGGGAAUGUCGUUCCGUCCCAGUUCUUGUUCCCAGCUUGCUAAACUGUGGUUUAGAAAGACUUGAACAUUGUAUCAACAUAGUUGAAGGGUCAGGAUUUUGAGUUUAGAGAGCUGAUUUUCUAUGCCAUAAUGUGCAGGAUCCUUUCUCAGUUGAUCUCUUUUACACAGAAAAAGUUGUGUGUGGUGAUGGUAAAAAAAAAAGGUGAUCUUCCACCUGAAACCUGUAGUAAUACAAUCCAUUCUACUGUAUCAGAGCUCAGCAACCUUAUUCCCCUUCAGCUGCAUGCAUAGACCUGACCUUAAUCUGUGAGAGUAAUGCAACUGUUUUCCGUGUCACAGUGUUGAUGUAAUGUCUUCCUGCUUUCUCUUCCGCAGCUUUGCACAAUGCUCUGCCUCAGCAACCCUCAAGACCUAGUAAUCGAGCUGCAGCACUCCCCCCUAAACCUGCUCGGCCUCCCGCAGUGUCCCCAGCUCUUAACCAGCAACCCAUGCUUCCGCAGCCCCCACUUCCCCAGCCUCCCCAGGAGCUUUUAGAGGAUGAAGAACCUCCUGCUCCUCACCACAACCUGCUGAGUAGUAGCCAGAUGCAGCUGUACAUUCAGCAGCUGCAGAAAGUGCAGCCACAGACUUCUCUCCUCCCUUCAGUGAAGGUCCAGUCGCAGCCUCCGCCAUCCCUGCAACCUCCCCCUCAUGCUCCAGUGCAACAGAUGCAGCAUCAGCCACAGCAGAGGCCAGUACAUAUGCAACCAAUGCAGUUCCCUCCCCAUAUCCCUCAGCCUCAGCCACCUCCGCAGCAGCACCUACUCCCACAGCAGCAACAGCCGCCGCCGCCACAGCCGUCAAAACCCCAGCAAGUCAUCCAACACCACCCAUCGCCGCGACAUCACAAGCCAGAUCCCUAUUCAGCUGGUGAGUUAUCUAACGUGAAUAUAAUAAACACUUGAAAUGUACCGGGGUGGGGGAGCGUGAAUUGCUUUGCUUCCAAAAUCUUCCACGCUUUACUGAUGUUAUUUAUGAUAAAAUCAAUGGAGGCUAUCACACUACUUAAAAGUCAUGAAUUGAAGAGAACACAAGGAAGGAAAAGGGGGUUUUCUAACUGGAAUUAUUGUGGGUUUUUAAAUCAAAUUCAUCUCCAAUAUAUUUUUGUUUGACAACGUUAUACUAUUGUAUCCAUUUAGUAAUAACAAUUUCAUUUUGACAAAACAUUGACUUUUCAGUAGCCAACAGUUUUUCCUUUGCAUCUGUACUCUGUUCAAUUAGUGCCAUGCAUAGUGUUUCUUUUCAGAAUGCCCCUUGCUCAUUUAAUACCUCCCCUAGACUUCAGUUGCCCUUGCUUAAAAGACAAUAAUACUAUGAGGUGAAGCAAUUCAUUGUCUUAGAUUAUCUGAGCUAUUAGGUAAAAUGCAUUUGACUCAGGUCUUCUGUUUUUGGAUUCAAAAAUCCCAUGUGUCCUGCUGCAUCAUUCUGUAUUCAUAUCUCAUACAUACAUACAUACAUACAUACAUACAUACUAUGUUAUGAUCAGUGUUAGAAACUAAGGUAUGAAAGCUAGGAGCUAAAUGGCACCUUAAACCUAGGUUAUGGCGCAACAACAGAAUGUCUAGGUGCACUUUUUUAUAACAAGAAUACAAAGAUGAAAAUGAAUGAACUUCAGCUAAAAUAUUAUGUUCAUUUUUCACAUGGUCUAGUUCCUUCCCCUGCCCACCCCCAUAAUAUUCUUAAGAGGGUCUCUUCUCCAGUCUUCUGAGAGUAGCUGGAAGUGGGGAGGCAGAAAAAGGUCCUCCUUUCCUUCCAUUCUGCCGUUUUAAUCUGAAAUCUUAGAUGCAGUGCUGUGCCCAGAGCUCAGAAACUGCUCAAACUGCUCAUACUAAUGAAAUUCCCUGUCACAAAAUAUGCCUAGCCUAGAACAAUGGGAGUUUCGAACACUGGUUAUGAUAUCUCAAAAGAACUAAUAUAGUGUAAAAGGUGCCCCAUCUGUAAUUAACCAAAAGAGUCUGCUACUGAAUGAUGACAACUUGGAAAAAAUAUAGCACUUUAAUCAUUGUUCCUGCAGGCACUGUAGAAGCAAAAGUUAAGGUGCUAUAACGUGCUCACUAAGGGACGCGGGUGGCGCUGUGAGUUAAACCACAGAGCCUAGGACUUGCCAAUCGGAAGGUUGGCGGUUCGAAUCCCCGCGACAGGGUGAGCUCCCGUUGCUCGGUCCCUGCUCCUGCCAACCUAGCAGUUCGAAAGCAUGUCAAAGUGCAAGUAGAUAAAUAGGUACCGCUCCGGCGGGAAGGUAAACGGCGUUUCUGUGCGCUGCUCUGGUUCGCCAGAAGCAGCUUAGUCAUGCUGGCCACAUGACCUGGAAGCUGUACGCCGGCUCCCUCGGCCAGUAAAGCGAGAUGAGCGCCGCAACCCCAGAGUCGGUCACAACUGGACCUAAUGGUCAGGGGUCCCUUUACCUUUACUAACGUGCUCACUGUAGGACAGAAGAGCCAAAAAAUGUUUUCACAGUCAUAGUGCUGGAUUUCUUAAUAGGUCAUGAGGCAUAGUGAAGUGUUUUGUCUGGGUCUUCACUUAUUCCUCUUCAUAGCUAACAUUCAUUGAGCACUUAUGUGCUGUAUAUAAUAUUAACUCUUCCUAAGGAGCUUGCAGUGUACAAUAAACAGACAAAACUGAGAUGGAAGAAGGGUAAAGUCAAGUAUGAACUCAUUUGUAGUUUGUAUGGGAAAGGACAGAGUCACAGUGAUGAAGGAUUAGGUAAGUGAAGUCUGGGUGGCUUUGCAAAGGCUUUGCUAAAAUAAAAUAGUUUUGAACAGGGGUCGGCAACCUUUUUUGAGGCCGGGCUAGUCCACUCCCCAGCAGACCUCUCGGUGAGCCAGGGCAUGCGCACCCGUGCGUGCGCUCAAGCUGUUUCCGGUGAGCCUCCAUCUCGGAGGUGCACUGGAAAUAGCGUGUAUGCACACGUACGGGCGCUCCUCCGGGUGAGGACACACUAUUUCUGGCGCACUUCUGGAACGGAGGAGCGUCUGUGUAGCACACGCUAUUUCCGGCACUUUUCCGGAACUCUGUCUCCAAGGCGGAAAAAACGGCGCCGCGGGGGGGAGCACGGAAUCCCCACGCUGAUCCACGGAAUGGCUGUGGGCUGGUUCCAGGAAGCUCAUGGGCUGGAACCUGCCCAUGGGCCUUAGGUUGCCGACCUCUGGUCUUGAAGAACAAUUGAAAGGCAUCAAGGAAGGUAACUUAAUUGAUUGGCAGAUACUGAUCAAGGCAUAGGUAGCAUGCAGAAGUCACUGACAGGAACUGAGGGGGGGGAUGAGAGUGGAGAUAGGGAACUUUAAAAGUGAAAACUAGCAUUUUGAAGCUUUUGUGAAACACAUUCAGAAUCCACAUACAUAGGUUAUGGCUAGACCACAUAGUGGUGCAGACAAUGAAAGCUCAACUUCUAGUUUGCACAUUGUUUCAUUGGGCUGAUUCCUGCAAGGGUAUGCAGCAAGACACACCCAUUCUCCAUUCAUUGAUGAGCAUAUGAUAAUCUGAAAAUGCUUGAGAAACAUUAGAGGGCAAAAAUGCUUUUAAUGAGCCCAUAUUUGGUAAAUAGCUAAUAAUUUAGUAAAGGCGUUCCCCAACCCCAGUUGUAACAUGUUCUGGUCAGAACUUCUACUGCAGAUCAUUGGCCCAUUAUCUCAGAACUUUCAGUUAAUGGCUCUGACUGAACUGUGAUAAGAAGCUGACGGACUGGUGCUGAAUUGUUACAGGUCAUUUGAGAGAAGCACCUUCUCCUCUCAUGAUGCAUUCCCCACAGAUGCCACAGUUCCAGGGGCUGCAACAUCAGUCUCCACCGCAACCAAAUGUCCAGCCAAAAAAACAGGUAAGAACAUAGUGUGAAUGUAAAGGACUUUCCAGAAUUCAGUUUGCACAUGAACCUUGAAAACAUUAUCAAGGUGAGAAAACAGGUAUUUGCCAAACACUUGUAGUGCAAGAUGGGGUGGGCUUACACAGGGAAAGCUACGUUAGGAAAUUGUGAGUGACAUGCGUUUGUCCUGCUGUGACAGGAACUGAGAGCCGCAUCUGUGGUUCAGUCACAGCCUAUGGUAAAAGAAGAAAAGAUGCAAUCCCCAGUCAUCCGAAAUGAGACUUUCAGCCCAGCCUUGCGGCAGGAUCCUCCCAAACACCCAGAGAGCAUCAAGCCACCUACACAUAUCCAACAACGUGAGUGACAAUUGAAAUCUGUUUGUCGAGUGUGAUGUUUCAUUGUAGAUUUGUCCACAUAAAUGAGGAAAGGCUAAAUUUCUUAUAGUGAUCCAUGAUCAAUCCUUCUAUAGUGCUGACCAACAGGAACAGGUUUUUACAGUGAUUAUUGUUGUUUCAGGAACAGAGAUGAAGCCAGUGGACAGUGGGCGGCCUGUUAUAAGACCCCCAGAGCAAAAUCCACCACCUGGAGUCCAGGACAAAGAGAGACUGAAGCAGGAACCAAAAACACCAGUUGCCCCUAAAAAGGUAACAGUCCCAUUAUCAGCAAGUGUCUCUAAAAGUGAAUCAAGAGUAUUAUAACUAUCCUUGGAAAAUGUGAUUUUAGCGAUCUGGGCUGAAUUGCUGACACUCCCGCUAGGCAUUGUUUCUUAGUGGAACAGAGAGUUAUAGUUAUAAGCUGUAAUGUACUUCUUCUUUUUCCUCCUCAGGAUUUGAAAUUAAAGAAUAUGGGCUCCUGGGCAAGCUUAGUGCAGAAGCACCCCACUGCACCAUCCUCUACAGUGAAAUCCAGCAGCGACAGCUUUGAGCACUUCAAGAGGGCAGCCCGGGAAAAGGAGGAGCGUGAGAAGGCUUUGAAGGCUCAGGCAGAACAAGCAGAAAAGGAGAAGGAGCGGCAGAGACGGGAGCAAGAGAGAAUGAGGUGAGAGGAGCCUGUACUGCUAACCCAUUCACCUGCAAGUAAGGAGCAAGCACAUGCUUCAUUGUGUUCAUAUGAUUUUAUGAUCAUAGGUGCUGUAAUUUGGCAUAGGUGUGCUAGGACUUGUUUUUGCUAUGCCACCCUGCUGUUAGGCAGGUUGAAGUCAAGCUAUAGCAGAAAUCCUAUACCCCCAUUGUUUUGUAUUUUCACGGUUAACAAGCUGUCGAGCAGUGCCUUCAAAUCAGCAUGUUAUUCCUAGACGCUGUUAGUACCUUCCCAGGUGCUAAGGAAAAGAUGCAAAGAGUAGCCUAUGGUUUUAAUGGUACUUUUGGUCUUGGGCAGGAGUCGUGAAGAGGAGGAUACUCUGGAGCAAGCUCGUCGAGUUCAUGAAGAAGUCCGACGGCGCCAGGAGCAGCCACCACAGCAUCAUCAACCACCGCCACCACCACAGCAGCAGCAGCAACAACAGCAGCAGCAAGUGUCAGCAGCAGCCUCUGCUCCCCAAGCACAGAGCUCUCAGCCGCAGGCUUCUCAGUCCAUGCUGGACCAACAGAGAGAGAUGCUCAGAAAACGAGAGCAGGAACGAAGACGCAGAGAGGCAGUAAGUGCGGGAGAAAGGGAUUAUUGGGGUUUGAAUGAGGAGCUAUUUUGACAACAAGCUAAACAACAGAGGCUCACUUUGUUGGUAUAAUUUUUUAUUUGCUCACUACGUGCCAGAGAUCCUCAGUCUUUUUCACAGGAUUCUCAUGUUAAGCCUACAAUCCCGUGUACAUGUACCUAUGUGUUAAGUCCCACUGAGUUCUGGAACUUCUGAGUAAAGUAAACAUGUUUAGGGUUGUGACUGUAAAUCAGUAAUUAAAUUAUGAAACAGAAAAUGUUUGGAUCCUAAAAAAGAUUGAAGAAAGUUGAAUAUUAUUUCCUUUAGGCAAAAAAACAUUGUGAAACAGAAUGCAUAGCCCGGGGGGGGGGGGUGUCCCUCCUAGAAAUAGUUGUUCCAUAUUCAUUGACAAAGCUCUCAGAUUUCCCUCUCUCUAAAUUUCUACAUUUUUCUUUUCUCUGUUUCUUACUGACCUUCUUUUUAAUAUACCCUUUUCAUGGAAGUUCCCAAAGUCUGCAUUUUACAAGUGUACAGAUACUGUCCACACAUGGUCGUUGCUCCAUGUGCACAUAAUGCUAAGUCAUGGUUUGUAGUAAUGGCUUCAGCAAAUGCUGAGUUAUCUCACAGACGAACAAACAAGACAUGUCUUGUUUCUUGAAAGCUUGGUUUAUUUUCUAAAUGCCACUCUUGCCUUGUGCCUUUGUAGCUUGAUGAGCAUCUGGAGUGCAGUGGCCUAACAAACCAGAGCUAAGCAGAGUUGUUGGGUUUUGACAUAACCCCUAUCUGUAGUUAAAACAAGACAUGUUCAUAAGCCAACAACAACUUAUGGUUUCACAUUGUGGGUGGCAUUAAGUUUUUCUCAAAGUAGACCCAUUAAAAGUAAUAGGCCUAAUUUAGCCAUGUUAAUUAAUUUUAGUGAGUCUACUCAGACUAACCAAACUAUGGCUUGGUGUUAUGUGUGAACCAGGCCACUGAGGUUUAAUCAGAUUUGUCUUCAGCACAAGGGGGACCUUUAUUCCACCUAACCUUUCAUACACACAACUUGCUCUUCUUAGGGCCAAGCCAUAGGUGUCUACUUUGAAGUUUAAUUAUACUUCCUUCUUGUCCCACUUUCACAUUCUUCAUUCUCUCUCUUCCUCUCCCUCUCCCAUACAAACACACAUUUCUCAACAUCAUGUUCCCUGACACUGUCACUCUAUCCUGUUUCUUUUAUAAGGCAGUGGUGUAAUAGAUAACAGAAAAGAAAGCACCAUCUGCCGGAGCCCUUUUAAUGUUGUCUGGUAUGAUUUCCUUAGAGCUGCCAAACAUACUGUGCUAUUAACUAGGUUUUCUGGAGUCAAGAACUCAGCCUGUCCCUUUAUGGAAGAGACAGUGCGCCUGGCCAAGCAGACCAGUGACUGCCACUGCCUGGUGGGUUCUGCAGCAGAACGCCCCCUUUUCUACUGGAUGGCUAUCUGAAUAUAACCUUUCCUGCAAACCUGGGUAACUGUUGCCUUCUCUCCUCUUUUCCAGAUGGCAGCUACUAUCGACAUGAAUUUCCAGAGUGAUUUGUUGGCAAUAUUUGAAGAGAAUCUUUUCUAAUAGCGCCUGGUUUUCUUUGCCUGACUCCUUAAUUUCCUGGCAAAUCUUUGACUCUCCAUAGUGUUGUUGGCGGCUGGGAGGAGAGCAUUCCUGCAGCCUUUCUGCAUGUGUGACAGAUGCGGCCUCAGAAGGAUCAGCAGAGUCUGCCUUACAAUGUGAUUUUCUUCCCCACCCCGCCUCACUGAAGAAAGAAAGACCAAGACAAGCCAACUCUGUACUAGGUUUGAGUCGGUGGACAUGCAGUUACUGGGAAGGGUGCCCCUGAUCACUUGAUAUUCUCUAUGCCAAACUUACUUGCAGUAUAUCCAGGACUUAAUGCUGUUCACCCCUUUUCUAUUCUUAAGAGUUCUGAGUUACAGAAUGUCUUUGACUCUACAAUGCUGUGUGCUGGCAGCACAAGACACUCUGCAUUGAGAGGCUGUGUACAAGAAGACAUACAAGCUGUUUCUGAGUCCUGUCAUCACUGGCUUUGCCUUUAACUAAACUUCCCACAAGCCUGUAGCUGGGAGCCAUUCUCUGUAAGUGUUCGCUUGUGAAAAAGGGAAUAAUUUAGCGGAGGUGUCAAGUGUACCUGGCAAUUUGAGUGAGGUUUCUGUUUUUAGCAUUGUGUGGAGGUCCAGGAAUCUGAGCUAGACUACCAACCAAAGUCAGUUUCUUUCAAUCUGUUUAUUUUCCUCCAGACAAAUUGGCACUGCUCAGCUCUUGAGUGGGUAUUCUUGUCUCUUCAUUAUGGAUUGGAGUGGGGAAAACAUUAGCACCAGGGGUAUCUCCCACCCUGUCAAUAGUGUUUGACUGUGGCUGUAUUGUAUAGUGAAUAUAGUUGGCAUAUAUUUGUUUGAGUUUUAUUGGUGAGCCCACCAAACUCUGUAAAGACACUGCUUAUAUUUUGCUCAGUUCCAGACUUUUCAUCUAUAUUUUUAACUGUAAUACCAGAAAGAUACAUUUUGGGUUUUAAAUGUCAUGGAGUCUGUUAAAUUAGUUUUUAUACAGCAAAGGAGCAGCUCCAAGGAGGGAGUGGGAGUGGACUUGGAUCAGCAGGAAGGCCUGCUCCUCUUGCCUUCAGUUGAGUUCUCUCACACACUAGCAGUGAUCGUUUUCCCAGCACCUUUAGUGUGUUUUUUUUCCAUUUUACUCUUUGAAUUGUUCCAAGUUUAUGUGCCAUAAAUACCCACUAUACAGUACAAUACUGGUGUGUCAGUAUUGGCCAAUCUCUGGAGUAAUUAAUUGGUUUUACUUUAAUACGGUGAAUAUGCAUUUGGUCUGUACUGAUCAUGGAAUAAACUCAUCUCUUUUUUUUUAAAGUUGGUGUCGUACUGACAUUUCUUUUAAAUCCUGCUUGUGAUGAAAUUACUUAAGGGGGUAAAGCUGCAAAAGGACAGCUUGCCCCCUCACCUGUCUUGCUGCAGCAGAGAAGGGAAUUCUCCGGCCACAAUUAGCAGGGUUUCUGUCUUGUCACAAACCUGGGAAAAGCUUUCCCUGGGAGCAAUCCUAAAGCAACAGAAUUCCAUAGAAACUGUAGGAAGACAAAGUAUCAAGCAGUUUGUGCCUUCUCAGAAAAGACUUUCCCAGAAGGCAUCUUACCCCAUGGCUGGUUUCAUGCUAUAGAACUAAACCAAAAGUUGGAAAAGACCAUGCAGGGAUUGCUCUCAGUUACUUCCUCUUCCUGCAGUGGACAAAUCUUAGCAAAUGUAUGAUGUAGCUUCCAGCAGUGAAAAUUGGUCCACUUCAGUUGCAGUGAGAAAGAGGCAAGGUUUGUCUGCUUAUGGACAAUGGUCCUCCAAGCCUUGGACAAGACCCAUGUUGUCAGUGAAAUACUUUCUUUUAAAUUUGGCUGCCUGAAAAGUGCUUAGGUUUGGUGCAUUUGGACUGGCUGCAGAUGACCCCUUGAGGAUCCAGUGAAAGGAGAGGAAGGAAUAGAUAGUUCACCUUUCUGUACUCUUCCUCCAAACAAGUGUUCUCGGAGGACCUCCUGGCCCCAGAAUUUGACAGUGUAGAGCUUGUGUUGAUACCUCUCUUGACAAAAUGUGACUGUUCUGACAGAAACUGUCCUGAGUCUGGGUCAGUGGGGUUGGGCUAUCGAACACUGUUAUUCAGUGUACUUAUUCCUGGCAGCUUGGGCCCUCCCUGGCUAGCUGCUGUAGAGGAUGCUAUCACUUUGCGUGAACACCUCAAACCAACCUCACUUCUGCGCGUUCAGCCAAAGACAUCCCUAUUUUCCCAUAUGACAGAAGUUUUGAAAGACAGUUUGCAUAAUUUGCCAUCAUCUCUACACUCAUAUGAGAUGCAUUGCCCAACUAGAUUAUAACUGGCCAAAUGGGAGAUAAACUCAGCCUUGUAUUAUAUAAUAUGUAUGUUGUGAAAAGGGUGGUGUCCAAAAUGACAUAAAUAUAGGUAGCAACUUAUGCUGGGCUACCUUCAUGUCUCCAGACUUGGAAAAGACUGUACUACCCUUACUCCUCAUGUGAUUUUCCAUAGUGUAUUGGGAGGAGUGGGAAAGGCGAUACCUAAGGUAGCUCUCAACUGCCUCUGAUUAGUAUUGCCCUUGCAUCUUUUGGUCCUUUUCAGCAUCAAUCUCAGGUCUUUUUGCAACAGGUGUGUAUUGUGGCCUGCUGCACAGCUCCAAUACCAGGCUAUAGGCUGCCACUGUCAGAUGGCAUGGCAGACCAUGUGUCACCCAUUCCCAGCCUAACUUUGGACUUGGCCUUUCAAUGAGCAAUUAAAUCUCUAUGCCCUUAGUUGUCAGAGGUGCAUGGAGCAGUAGCCAUGUACUGAAGGGAACAGACUGAAUUUAGGGGCCAGUGAUUCUUUGGUAUUCUUGUGAGCUGUUGGUCUUCACACUGAAUUUUUACCUAAAGGUGCCUUUUUAACUCUACAUCAUUAGAAGAUCUCGAAGCUUUUCUGUGUAGAGUACCAGACAGUUGGGUACUUUGAGGGAGUGAAGGGGUGUCUAAAGAAGAGAUGCUCCCAAGAUAGCCUCUGUGAAGGCUGUUUGAGUAUUACCUUGCUGAAAGGAUGUGCAAGUAGGUGUUGGUCAAGCUUUCUGCCACCAGGAGUUGCUUAAAGCAAGCAAAAUGUUGACUGUGUUCUCCUUCUUCCUGGUAGUUGCCAGUCUUGAGAAGGCCAAGGGGGUGUUUGCACUUCCAUCUCCAAGCCCAGCAGAUCUGUAUUAGGAGUGGGCUAGACGUCUGGCCAAUAAUUGCCCUUAGCUUUAAAAUGCAACUGUGUAGUCCAAAGGAUGCUGGGUUUCUGAGGACUGUGCACUGGCCUGGGGGGGUCACUGUAUGCUUGGGAACGUGUAGCUGUUCAUUUUUUGGACCAGCAUAAAGGUAGUCACAGUACGCUGGAUUGUACACAAAACUAGCUUCCACCCUUUAACUGCUGGCGUGUGAGCAUUAUUACUUAAGAAUGAACGAGAUGUUGAAUCUCUCACUCACACAGAUUCUUUGUGAAGGUUUAAUUGAUGGAUUAGCCCUUGGUUUUAAAUUGUAUCCCAGAAAUUGUCAGGGAAAGGGGGCUCAUAUUACUGUGGCCACGGCUCAGAAUUAAGUAGAAAGAGCCCCUUGCAUCCCCUCCUCUUCCCUGUGCCACUGGCGCAUCCUAUUUACCACAAGUUCAUUAACUGGCCUUAAUCUUCUCUUCUUGGCUCUUUUUGUGCAGAUCUUUGAUGGGGAAGUAGGAACUUUGGCUUCCCUUCUGAACGUUGUUCUGAUCUUUUCAUUUCCAUUGCCAGUCCUUUCUCACAGUAUUCCUUGCCCCCAUGUCUCCCCCACCCCCACUUGCCCUUUUUACGAAGCACUUUGGAUGAUCAUCUCCCUCCUUUAAUUUUAAGCUCAGGGUUUUUGGGGUACUUUUAGUGCACAUCCGCUGUAAGAGUUGAUCACAGAUGAGCUCACAUCCACUGUAAGAGUUGGUCACACAUGAGCUCAUCACAAUUGUACAUAAUAAAACCGCACCAUACUGACAAAAAUAAAGGCAUAACAAAAUGGAGAUGCUGGAACUUCUACCAAGAGAGCACCCUCGGCUGUAAAAUUUUAAAAAUAUAUAAUUUAUAUGUAUGCAAAGAACAACACCCCUUGUAUCUAGUCAGUAGUGAGGUUAGUCCUUUUUUAAUGUUAACCCCUCUUUUUGCAUUUGACAUUUGCCAAACCUUGUCGGUAGUUGAGAGUUCCAAGUAGUGAUAGAGUUUUUUAGAUUGGUGGCUUACUCAGCUGUCUCGUUCUUCUUCCUCACUCUCCUCCCCUCCUUUCUAUCUUUUGCAAACUUCUUGAAAUGUUUACAGGCUUGCACCUAUCUACUUUAAUUUUUUAAAAGCUGUACUUGGUAUUUUAUUUUUACACAUUUCUGAAUGAUGAACAUAGGGUGAUAUCGUUAGUUGGGACAUGAUUCUUUUUUUUCUGCCAAAGGUAUUUUUUGCUAUUCUUGUGUUUUAUUUUUCUGUUUUUACAAAAUGUUUGUGUUUAUAAUUUGGUUGUCAUUCAGACUGAGACAUAUUUAAUUUCCCUUUCUUCCCCCAACCCCAUGUAUGAUUUUAACAAUUACAGACAUUAGAUGUAGGAGUCUAGCCUAAAUGAUGUAAUCUUGUUUAUUUUUUCCCCUUCUUCAGUCUUGUACAAAUGAAUAAGAGAAAUGUACAAUCCCACUGUACUUAAUGCACGGAACGCUUGGCAAAUAAUUAUGUCAGUGAAUUUGAAACUUGUAUUAAACACUUUAGACAUUUGUAGAAGGGAAUUCAUAGAAUUUUCACUUAUAUACUAAAGGUUUUUUGUGCAGUUCUCAUUGCAAAAAAUAAACAUUUGUACUGAAGAUAUGAAGUACACUUUUUUUUCUUUGAUCUUUUGCUCUUGUACAGGAAGACUUGGCAAAGGCUACACUGAAUGUUGGGUCCCAGCUCAUCAACUGGUUUCCCUCACAGUUCAAAUUUCAGUUGCAUGUUGUACAAGCUCAGUUCUCUGAAAGCCCUCCCCAGUACAGAAAUUGCCACUGCAAUUAGUUUUCUAAUAAUAUUUCAAAUCUACCCC